GACGCUGAGUUGUGUUUAGUCUAGUUUAGUUAAAAAGAUGUUUGGUGGCUAGUUCUGUGGCUAGAACCCUAUAUGUAGUGUUAAUGAAGUUAGGUGCUGUUCUGAGCAUUAUUCGUGGCUACAAAGUGGUGUUUUGGUUGAUGUUUGUUUAUGCCUUCUCAGACCACUGUGUAUUGCUAUCCUGUGGUCGUUACUCAAGUUGGUAUAACUGGAGAAGCAAGAGGGCAGCAACACUCAUCUCUUGAUGGGGGUGUCUAACUUGGUUUUACAGCGUGUUUGACGCCAAAUUAAUUUUUACGCCAUAAUAUCCCUUUAACCAGAAAAAAAAGGAGGUACUUGAGGCAAAAGCUUUGUGAAAGGUCAUGAUUAUUACUUUGGUUUAACUAAUUUACAGCAUUAAUUCCAUAAGAGUUGGGAUGCAAUGUAUAAAAUUCAUUGACAAAAUUUUACCCCAAAAUUUAUGCCCAUGGUACAGUUUUUAAUCAACAUUUGACACAGCAUCCCAACUCUAAUAGACAUCUAUAGUAAGAUGCUGCAGAUUUUUUAUCAGUCUGUUGUGGCAAGUGAUGCAUUGUGAAGCAUCAAACACAAAGAUGCAAGACGUCUUACCAAACUGGUGAAAAAGGCUGGCUCUGUGGUAGGACUCAAGCUGGACUCAGUGGAGGAUGUGGUGGAGCGAUCUACACUGAGGAAGGUGGAGACUAUUCACAAGAACAUGGGUCACCCACUUCACAACACCUUGAUGGACCAAAGGGCCAGUGGUGGUGGACGGCUCCUCUCUCUCUGCUGCAGGACAGAAAGAUUCAGAAGAUCUUUUGUUCCAACAGCCAUUAGGCUAUAAAACUCUUGAGUAAAUGAUAGAUAACUUUUAGAGAGAUAUAAUGUGAGACAAUUGAAUGUCCCUUCGGGGAUUAAUAAAGUUCUUCUUAUCUUUUCUUAUUUUAUUAAUGUCACUGGGGUUGUACUUGGUAGAUAUGACCUGUAAUUUAAAUCACAGUAAACAAAAGUCACUGAUAUUCGCUGCUGUAUGCACUCUCUGUGCUGAAUGUUAUGCAAUAGUUUGAAGUGCUCUUGUCUUAUUUAGUGUACACAGUCUAUAAGGGAUUACCCAGCUCACUCUCUCCCCUCAUAAUCUGCUGAUGAUGACGUUAUACUGCAGCUCCUGAGCUCCACUUCUCGCGAGAUUAUGGAAAACAAUCCAGACGCCAUCCCUCUCUCUCUUUCUCUCUGUUGCCCUCUCUAGCUCUCUCUCUCUCUCUCUCUCAGUUCCCCCUCCUACCCAGCCCUCCCUUCCCACGCCCCAGUGCGCUGUGGGAUAGUGGCACUAUAAAGUAUAUCCUCUCUCGGAGAAAGAUAAGAAGCCCGAGACAGGAGGGGGAUGAAGAUGGCGGACGCCAAGCAGAAGAGGAAUGAGCAGCUGAAACGAUGGCUGGGCUCGGAGACGGACCUGGAGCCUCCUAUUCUGAAAAAGAAGAAGACGAAGGUGAAGUUCGAUGAUGGCGCCGUGUUUCUGGCCGCCUGCUCGAGCGGCGAUACCGAGGAGGUGCUGCGGAUGCUUGACCGGGGCGCUGACAUCAACUACGCCAAUGUGGACGGUCUCACCGCCCUCCAUCAGGUUUGUGUCAGCUGUGUUUGUGUGUGAGUGUCAGUCCCCGGCUCUGCUUGUGUCUUUAGAGCCGAAUCUGAGUCUGCUGCUGGUGCUGCUCGUCUACGAACACCUGUCAAAUGGGAGCCGUUGUUUACCUUCAUAGCACACCCGUCCUUUUCGACGCAGUUAAGGGGUGAUCACCGGCCUUUAUCACAGCUUGGCUAAGAGAUACACCACAACAUAAACAGAGCUAGCUCAGCAUGGCGUUUUCUGAGUGCAUCCGGCCAGCAUUAAGCAACGACGCUUCCCCGUUUAGGACUACUUUUGCCCCCUUUAGUGUGUAUCCCCUGUAGGUGGGCGCAGUCUAAUUACUGGACUGCUGCUGCAUUUCGGAUCGGUAUUUGUGCUGUUGAGUUGUGUUGUUGGAGGAAACUCAUUUCAACAACUGUACGCUAGAAAUAAAAAGGGUAGCGAAUGUUAACGCUGUGUGAAACUCCUUUUUUACUGCCGUGUCACAGCCGGUUUCCAAAAGCGUUUUGUUGAUAAAUCCUCCACCGCAACUGCGACUACUUUGUGGAAGCUAGCUCGUUAGCUUAACUUAGUCACAACGUCAUUCAGUUUUGGGCUAACAUUGUCCUUGAGAGGCCUCAACUUCAAGUCAUAUUUACAUUAUAGUCUCAGUGUUGACAACUGGCAUUAACGUAUUAGUCAGAAUGGGAUAAACUGGUUAAAGGUGGUAGAGUUUUUCGAUGCGGAAUGUGUGCUAACGCUACGUUAGCAGGAUGAGCUAGCUAUGGUUAGCUCAGUUUAAUUCAUUCGUUAGCCAGGUGAAGAAACGACGUCAGUUUGUGCCUUUGCUGCCAGAACUAGAUUUUUAAUGACUAUAUAUGUUUUGUUUGAACUCCGAACUCUCAUGUGAAGAUUUUCUCGACAUUUUCCAGGAAUGUCAUCACUGCUAAGUUAGCUCGCAAACCCGCUAACCGGAGGAGCUACUACGUCUUCUAGCCUCUGUACUUUGAAAGCCAAAUAAUGAAAAUGGCAGCCUGUUUUGGCCGUCGUUAGUCAGUAACCCCAGGUGCUACCGAAUGAAAGAGGCUUUUGAUACGGGGCUUUGCAAAAUGUCUGACUUCCAAGGUUCAUAAAACACCAUUUUAGUCAUCAAUAUAAUGGUUUACAGUGGGUGCAGUUACAGAGAGAAGAUCCCCGAUGUUGCCAAGUUGGAUUCAGUGAUGAUGUGUACUUUACAGAGUAGAUUUAAGUUAAUUUUGCACUGCCUUAUUAGAUUUCAAUAUUGAUUUAACACACCCUUUCAAUACUCAAGAGUAGUUUGGUUAUUGAUUUGUGAUAUCCACUGUUUAGCUGUCUACCUGCUAUACUGCCAGAUGCAACCUCACCUCUCUACCACUUACUGUUAAAUCAUACCAGAUCAACAUGUAUAUGUAUGAAAGCCUUAAGAGGACAUUCAUCCAUGUGUUUUUUUAGUGACAGAGUUAAUUUCAGUCUUUUUCUUCACAUUAGAUGACCACGACUCAUAUUCUAAAGCUGUAAAAGCUCAAAACAAACAUCAGGUUUCUUACACACUGCCAUUUCAGGGCAGGAUAUUUACACUCCUAUUACUCCUCCUCUUCGCUGUGUAAUGCACAGAGGUGUAAUCCAUCUUUGGAGGUAGACACAGAAGCGUAACAUGGGGAAGGUAGUCAUAUGUGAAGCACAGCUGCCUCCUGCACUUUUGCAACACUGUGGUGUAAUUUGUAAUCUCACACUUGAACACCAAUAUUAGGCCGUUUUGGGGUCCUAUAUGUAAGUGCAAAGGCGUAGUUGCACUAGCACUGUUAUAGAGUUGGCAAUGUAGAAAGGCAUAACUUACUCACUAGCAAAAGGAAUGACAUAGCAGCAUGGUACCAACCUUUCAUCUAGCUUUUGGCAUGCUAGAAAAUCAUCCCAUUGUUAGGUGAAAAAAAACAUUGCUAUUUGGAGACAUUUAGAUUAAUUAAUAGAAAAAUUAGCAACAAGAUAAACAUGUGAAAGUCUCCAAAACUAUCCUUUGCUACUAGAUGUUAUUUACUAGGAUGCCACAGACUCUGUACUGUCGAACUGUAACCCCCGACUAUUAAAUCUAAACUUAAUUGUCUCAACAACUUAAAGGUUUUAGAGACGCAGUCCUGAAACUGCAGCCUCUAACUCUGCAUAUUCAUUCACAUAAUAUUGGAUAAUAGAGUAAAUGAAGUGUAUAGAUGCAUGUCUGCUUAGGGCUUCUGUAAAUGAGACUGUUUCCAGGAAGAGCAAGGUUAUUGAGUCUGGUGUCAUUUGUUACAAAUUGAAUAACACUGAAGAAUAAUACAGCCAUGAUACUUCCGUUUAGCAGGUACAUACUUAAAGAAUUGUUGUAUCUGUAGGAAAUUAACAUAACAACACCUGAGUCGUGCAGUUAUGUUUACCUUAAACCUCCAGGGAACCAAGACCCUGACAUGUCAUUAAUAUCUUGAUUAUCAGGGGUGAAAACCAGCUUCUCUAACACUUACAUUUUAUGAGAUCCUUUUCCAUGACAGCUAAGUAAGCAACUUUUAUUUUGCCAGGCAUCUUGACAUCCACAGUAUCUCGACUACAAACAGUAUUGUUCGCCUGGAGGGGCUCUAGGUACAGUACAACUUCUGUUGUAUAGCAGUCUAUAAUUGACAAAGUAUACAGCAUAAAGAAGUCGAGCUGCUUUUAAACUGGAAGGAUGAGUAGGACGAGCUAUCAACAACAUCUUUCUCAGACUAUCACAUCAGCUUUUUCAUGGUCUUGUAAAAAGUCAGUUUUUUUAAGCUCAUGUGUUUCUUAAAUGGACCUAAACCAGUCAACUGCUGUAGCUGGUUCAGUCAGUCUGUAAGGCCGCAAAGCAUUUCAGUUUGACUUCUUGCAUAAGCAUGGUUGCUUUAUCCACCUGUUUGUUUGGACGGCAAGUGUUUACAUAAUCUUAGGAUUAAUGAAGGAGUUUGUACAUUAAAUGUUUAAUGCUAGCAUAGAUUUCCAGUGAUGUCACCUCAUUACUCAUGCCCACAUGUCUAGUCUUAGUAAGCCCCAGUACUGUUAACAGCACCACCUUGUUGCAUGUGAUGUUUGUUGUCCAAGACUCGGCUAUUAAAAGUUUUAAAAGCAAGUUUUCCGAGGUAGGUCAUUAGCUCUAUCUUUUAGAGGAUGAAUUCAUGUUACUUGUGAGGAUAUUUCUCAGCAUGUGUAUUAACGGUCUUGUUAAACCAACUGUUUCUUUGUGCACAGAGGUGGCUAUAAUUAAAUCUGGAAUUAGUGUGGCCCCCUGUGCAAACUCAUUGGGUGGAAACGUUGCCUUUUUUUGGGCCGAUGUCCAGGGAUGAGCUAGAGUGAGGAAAGAAUUUGAUUUGCAGUGCCGCUCUUCAGACCUAACCAUCUCUGGAGACGAGCAGCCGCUCUGUGUAGAGUGUGUCUGUGUGUGUGAGUGUUGGAGAGACCAGCAUGUGAUCCAGGGGUUUGGGGGUCUUUAUAAAGGAGUUGAAGAAGGCGAUGCAAGGAUUCUUGUUUAAAGUGUUAAUCCCAGACUUGCAGAGAGGUCAGGCUGAUGUUAGUCUCCUUUGAUGAUGUGAAGAAAAGAUGGACAGAGAAGUUAUUUGAUGUCUUUAUUUUUCCUUCUUGAUUUCAGAUGGUGAACUCUGCCAAUUCUUUUAAGACACUUUCAAGUUUCAGAAAAUAGAAAUCAAAACUUUCCUGUCAUUUGAAUGCCUGACCUCUGGCUUUGUUGUGAAGUGUGUCAUGUUGUUACAUGAGGGCUCACUCCUCACUCAUAUCACUCCCAGCCAGUGACCGGUGCGGGGGUUAUAAAUACCCGUCCGCCACAAGUUCUCCUAACUGGGUUUCAGGAGAUGAUACUAAGUUUGGGUAUGACUCAGUCUGUAACUCUGCUUUGUACUGCAACUCUGGCAUGAACUCACAUUUAGGCAAGAGGUUAUGUCUUCAUGUGAGUCACAGACCUUCAGCCACUUAAUAAAUGAUUUGUUGCAGAGGGACUUAUAAACACAAUGUCUUUUGUUGUUUUGAUUCAUGAUGAGGACCAUUACAGGCCCUCUUUUGCAAUGGACAGGACAUUGUUAGGUUUAAAUCUGAGCCAAUAACACCGGACAUCUAAAGUUUUUGGUACAGAGGCAUCAGAGUGACAGCGUUAGGGCCCAACAGAUAUGGAUUUUUUGGGGCCGAUGCUGAUACCGAUUAUUAGGGGGGGGGGGGGCGAGGCGAUUACCCAUUAAUCGGCCCAUAUCUACAGUAUACUAUAAACUGUAGAUGUACUGUACGCUACUGCUCUCCACGCCGGCAGGAAGACCGACUGAUCAAACUUGGACCAGAAAAGUGUUUUCAACUACUACUACUACUACCCCAUGCACCCACCCACCAAUCAGUGCCUCUGCAUCUUAACUCGUGUUACUCAUUUCCGGUCCGGUCUCAUCUGGAGACAUGCGGCUGCCCCAAUAAGAGAAGUAGCUUGUUAGCUCGAUCACGUAAUGUCUACUGUUGUUUAUUCUACCGUUACUGGCACGGCUAACGGUGUAGCAAGGCUAAUAGCAGAUGGCUAACUCUAACUUUAGCUUGCAUAUUACAUGGUGCUUCACCAUUAACUCGGCAUGACCGAGACCAGGAACAUCGUGAAGUGGGUCGAACUGAAACUUGUUGACUUAUUGUUUUUUUCACAAACUGGUUUAUUUACCGUUGAGGCGGACCACUCUCCUCCGUGCAUCCCUGAGCUGCCUGCUUCAGAUCCGUCACUCUGCUGUGCUGUGAGGUAGUUAGUGGAUGAAGACUGUCAUGAGGUCGCUGUGCAAUCUACAGGAUAAGUCGGAGAAACUUUUGAAGUGGCGGAACAUUUUAGAAGUGAAACCGAAUCUUAUUCUCUGCAUUUUACUUCUGAAAAUAUUGGCCGAUUACCGAUUAGUCACAAAUGGGCUGAAAUUGGCCGAUUUAAUCCUCUGAUGGUCUGAGACAUCACUGGUCAGCAGAAGUUUGAUAUACCAGUAAACAAUAAUACAGUCCAGUAUGUUAGAAGUACAAUCAGAAAUGUUACUCUCAGAUAUACAUAUUAUUUGAUAUUGAUAAUGUUAUGAUACAGUACAAUUUGGUGUGAUACAGUGUAAUACAAUAUGAUUCAAUGUAAGAAACAUGAGUAUUGUUGGCAUAAAGACCUUCACAGAGAGGUAUACAGCAUAUUGUUUACCUUUGAUAAGUAAAUAUUUAAUGACUUGUAUACAUCCAUCUUAACUAACAACUCUGGAAAAACCUUUCAUUUGCGGUCAGCCUCGAGGUUUUCACAUUUCCCUUUUCCAGGUCGAGGUAUACCGAGGUAGAGGAGGUCACCCAAAUACAAACAGCACGGAUUCAGGUUGCAGUCAAGUGAAUGAGGGGUUCUGUAGACAAGCGGAGAUUCCAGAUCUCGUUGGCUAAACUCGUCUCAUAGGGUAGCAUUCCAAGUCCUGUCGUCCCGGCCUGUGCAUUCCUCACAUGACAGUCGCUGGAAACCAUGGCAAAGACAGAGCAGAGCAGACAUUCCUCAGCUGUCACCUAAACCCCUCCCCUCCAGUCACUGCCUCUCUCUCUGUCUCUCUGUCUCUGUGUCUCUCUGGCUCGCCUGUCCCUGUAUAAUGCCAAGGCCCUGGCUGACUGUUGCCCACUGAGCUCCAUCAAGGCAAUUAGCGUGGAGGUAACCAGGGCUUGUCGCCUCACACAGGAAAAUCUCCACACUGACCCACACCUGAACUUUUGUCUCUUAGCGUCCAUGAUCCUGUGGACCAAGGUGACAUGACUCGGCUCGGCUUAACAUGUCCGAGUCGGGUAUUACAAUGCCUUCGCUCUGUUGACAUUACACACCCUCAUUAUGGCGCUGAAGUCGACGAACAUUAUCUCGCUCCGUCUCCAUGACAACAACUCAGGCAAGGUUGCUAGUUGCUUGUGUUGGUGGAUUUGCAUGUACAGAGUGGGAGUUGCAUAACACAGUGAGACAGCGAGAGAGAGCGAGAGAGAAAGUGAGUGUUUGGCAGCAGUUAGAAAUGAGAAUCAACCUCUAUGAAUCUUGUAAUGGAACAAUUACAGAGCAUGUGAUGGGAGAAGGGUGGCGGUGUGGCUGUUUCCCUUCAUCCACAGCAGCAUCGCUCAUAUCAACACAUUACAUAAUUGCCACCGAUCUCACUGCAGCCCCAGCUAUGAGACUCUCAGCUGCGCCUGAGAGAGCUGAAAAGAAAAGCUUUCGACAUGUCCCUGUCCUCUUGACAAAGACAUCAUGGCAUCCUCUUACACAGCUCCAGCGUUAUGUCUUUCUGCCUGAGGGAGAAAAUCCUGCCAUCUCAUGUGGAGAGGCCCCCUCUUCAGAGCAUCGCAUUGCAUUACUGAGCUUCCCUGUUGCGCUCACCUGUUUUGCUAGCUUACACAACAGAAGAAGGUUAGUUAUUCAACACUCAAAAAUCUGUCAGGGCUCUAGCUUGGUAAUCUUUUGGUGCAAUAACUCCAAGAUUUAAGAACUGUUAGAUAAAGACUAUUGAGGAUUACAUUUUUGUUGUUUUGUGGGUGAGAUGUAACACACAGUGUUGGUUGAAGUGUUCAGCAGUUUGUGGAGGUGUACAACAAGGCUCACAUGACACUUUUAGGGUAUACUGAUCUAUGAGUGCACAAAAGGAGUGCUGUUGGACUUUCGUCAGACAGGCGCUGAGCUGCAUGUUUUACAUAUUAAAACCAAAAUAAAAAAGCAAAUACUAAGACCAAUCCCAAUGCAGGAUAAAAAGAGAGUUAGCUCAUUGUGAGGUUAGGGCCUACUUCAGACUGGAUGCAUGUUGGCUGAGUGUGCUGUCGCUCUCAGCUUUGUCUGUCCCACAAGUUUUUCCCAUAAUAAAGUUGCAAACUAUCUAUAAUUGAAAUGUCAGAAGUCAUCAGGACGUGUUAUUUACAAGGACAAUGGCCACCUCUCCUAUGCUAAUCACUCUUCACUCAACAAGCUGUUACUCAUACAAGAGUCGUUCCAAGGUUAAGCGUUUUAAAUUAAAAAUGGCUCCUUAUUUCAAAUUUAAAACACCAGCAGCUGUGUACACAGAUACCCACACAUGGUAAAUAUAUCACCUGUAUCCUGUCAAUUUGAUCUGUGCAGUUAAUUUAAUUUACUUCUUUCCGUAUGAGGAGACACUUUCAGGUGUUGAAACCAUUUCAGGAGAUUGUAUCUUAAGGAAACAAUGUUGUUUAUAUUUACAAUGGGUGCUUAAUGUACACAUGGACGCUAGCGAAGCAGAGAGUCAGACAGGAGAUGUAUUAAAAGGAAAUUGCACAAGAGGAAAUAUUUCCAGUAAACUGAUGUUAUUGAAUAGUAAACAUGCGGCAAUCAUGAUACGACAACAUUUGUUUUCCAGAAGUUCAGCAGAAAUAAAAAGCUGUGUGAGUGUCUUAAUUGAACGAAAAACUGUUAUGGGCAAAAUUUCAGAAUCAAAGUGUUGUGUAAAAAUGAAGGGAAUCUUCCUGCAGAACAAAAACAGGCCUUUCUUUUACCUUGAAAAAUCAUUCCACAAGGGCUGCCAUAGCAUAUUUGUAUGCCUUGAGCAUAAAUAAACCUGAUGCAACUCUAGGCAACCCCUCUAUUCGUCUGAUUUUUGGUGCAUGAGAUUCACUUUUCAUGCCAACAGUCUGAUCUGUUGACACGCACACCGAAAUGACAAGCAAGCUGGUCCAGAGCCAUCACGCAACUGACAUGCACCAAGUUUGAGGUAGCUGUAAGGCUCAGUGCUUCUCAUCUGACCUUUGAAAAAGCAGGUUAGGUGUGCAGCACAAGUUACUAUGUUCUCACUUACCCUUUUAGUAAUUAAAAUCACCAGGUUGAUCAAAACUGUCAGGUAGCCACAGUUCUUGCGCCAUGGUUAUAACGCUUCUGGUCCUUUUGAAUGCCUGUGAACUCCUUGCUUUGGUUAGAGACGCUUGCUACAGUAAAAGGAAGUUUGUGGAUGGCUCAUUUGUUAGAGAUAAUGCCUUGAUUUGGUACUUUGACACCACCAGUCUGACUUUUAAGUGCUUUCUUUCAGCUUUAGAGACGUGUUGAAAUAAGUUUCUCUGUAAACACACCGCAAUCUGAUCAACUUAACUAGUGAAAGCGGAGUCCUGUAGAUCUGACUUUAAAGGGGUAUGAGCAUGUAGAUGGGCCUCCAGUCAAUAUUAAACAAACUGCACAACCGUGUUUGCCAAAUAAAUGUAUAUGUAAUCCCAGUAUGUAGUCUGAAACAGGAUCUCUGUUCACAUACCAUCUCUGCCCAUUGUAGAAGAAGUCUGCUUUCACAUCACAUUUCCUGCAAGAGGUUGCACAAGGCUCCCAGCUUCUUUGUUUUGGCUUCAGGCUGCCGUACAGUAGCAGCUACUCACUCAUGCAUUUCUAACAUAUUGCAGAAUACAUUAAAAUCCAACUUAAUAAUUCAUGGACUGGAAUCUAGACAGUCUAGAUUUUGAUGUUCUUUGUCUAGCUCAGAAAAAUCAGCUACCAGUCGUCUCACUGUUAUGGUAUUUUGUUAUAACUAAUAUUAAGACUUAAUAAGGCUCGCUGUAUGAGUUAUGAUGGUAUAUAAUUUAAUUUUGAUGUGUCAAAACAUGGUCUAAAAGCAUGAGUCACGCCGUUUGCUGCGAGUGGAGUGCCUUCAAUAGAGUAAUCAUAAUUUAAUUUCAUUCAGCCCCUUGUUGUUGUCCCUCAUAAUCUUGAUGAACGAUCAGUUUCCAAAGGGUACAGCCGAGGAAAUAUUAUUGCAUCAUAAAAUUAUGAACCACAUGAAACAAAGCAGGUCUUGCAGAAGUAAAUUGUAACCCCUCUAUUGAGUUCAAACAGAUGGCUGGAGCAACAUUAGGGAUACGGGGAAGGAAGCAUGUCUGGGUCAAUAUGGAUCAAAGCCAGCAAGCAGAAACAAUAGCAGAGGGACAGAUAAAGGAAAAUUUUAUUCAUUUUCAGCCCGAUCCUCCCGGUCUUCGUUUUCAUGAUCAAUACGAAACUGGUUUGUGCACAUUUUGUGUCUUUUUGGGGUUGUUUUGAUUCCCCUCAGAUGCGCCAUAAAUGCACUACAAGUGAGAUAAACAACACUCUAUCAUUUUAGCUCCUUACGCUGAAGUAUAGAUCACUGCAUGCAUGGUUGAAUUCCUGUCUGUUAUGAAUCACUCUAACCCCAGCAUGCUUAGGUGUUAAUUUUAGCAGCAGAGUCCCCGAACACGUCUAUUUUACCUGUGUGUAAUUGUCAGGUCUCUCCUUGUCAAGCUGGCUCUGUGUUCUGUUCCAUUCAACCGUCCUACCAAACCCCGUAAUCAACUGCAGGAAGUCCUCGCAGGGGUGUUUGCGCGCCAAUGCUUCGCAACACAGCCCGGGUCAUCUGCUGAUUGUGACACGUCAGUGUUGUUUCCUUACAGAGUGUGUCACGGUAACAUGAAUGACUUUGAAAGUAUGCAGCCGCAUAAACAGAAAACGUCAAACUGCAGAUGGUAUCUGAAACCACUCACAAGUAAAUGUAAAUUAUUAAGAAUAAACUUUUAUUUAUAGCAACUAAAUAUAGAAGGGUAGCUUUACAAAGAUUUUCACACAUUGAUACAGAGUGUAGAUAGUAACCCACACCUUGAUCUUCAGGAUAAAACUUCAUUUUCAAUUUCUGUAGCGUGUUUUGUCACAGUUUGCACCUCCAACCUUCAGAGUCAUGAUGUGAAGCAGCCAAAAAAAGCCAAACAACACUUUCCACUGGAAGCAUUGUGAAUGUUUUGGACUUUAGAGAAGUGGUUAGUCAGUAAGAUCACAUGCUCUACGCAAACAACAACAGUGCUCUGAUGACCUAUUCACUCAGAAUGACUCAGAAAUUGUCUCGUGGCAAACUUCAGUAGUAUUAGAUCGCCGUCCGAAGAAUCAGUGUAGUAUCACAUCAUGAUGUAACAAGUGAUAGACGCCCUGAAGGGAUUCAUAGGAAAAGUGUACUCAGACUAUGCAGUGUUAAGUGUCCAUUUAGCUCCCUAAACUGCAGUAAAGAUAUUUCCCCUAACUUGCAUGUCUCAGAUAACUGGUCUGCAUCCCAGCUCUCUCCAUGAACCUGGUGUGCUAAUGCAUAGCAGGGCUGAAACGCCAGAGGCCGUCCUGCUGGUGGAUCUGGAACAGUGAGGGCUCUCUGAAGUAUUUCAGAUGAGAGUUGCUGCUGCUGCAGGUUGGAACUGGUUCACUUGGGGUCGUAAGGAGAAUUCCUCAGCGGAGUAAACCUGCUGCCACGUAUAUGAGCCGGGCUGACUGCAUUUCCACAGUUAGGGUAUGGAGUGGACCCACGUGGACUUGACCUUGUCUGAAAGCUCAUUGGGUGUACUUUUUGAUUCUACUUGCCGCAUGUAAUCAUUGCAUUGGCGUCACUGUACACCACUUUGAUUUUUUUUCCACAUGGGACGUUGUAGAUCUUUUAAGAGGUUUUGCAAAAGUUUCCAACAUUAAGACAUUUAAAGGCUUUUAGUUUAAAUCAGAUUGAAGAAACUGACCACAAUGAACGAGUGCCCAUGAUUCUCCCCUUUCUCUGCCCCCUCUCCAGGCCCUGCAUAGUAUCGAGCUGCUGUGAAAUGUUUGUGUGAUGACCUCAGCUUGUUUUUUUUUUUUUUCCCACCCGGUGGCACAUAGUGUCUGUCUUCCACUUAAGCCAGGUCUUCUUGAAGCUGUCUCGCUGUUGUUUGCUCGGCGGCAGUCACAUGCCUCAUGCGGGGUGUUUUUUAUGAGCUGCUUUUGAACUGAAAACACCUGGACGCAGAGGCUCUGUGAAUUCCUCAUUGUCUUACAGAGCAGCGAGUACAAUUAAGGCGAAGGGCUCAUGUCCAUUUGUUGUCUGUUACAAGGGUGAGGCUGCAUUCUUUCCAUUUAUACUUGAAAUGGCUGCAUCUUCAGAUGAUGUAAUGAGGGGUAAAGGUGAAAAUUGCAGCACAUGAUAUCUGACGCGCUUGUAGGAAAAAUAAAUCAUGACUAUUCCAUGAAACAGUAGUAAUAAUAUUGGACUUGACAGAUAAGGUAAAGGCUUUUGGAGCUUGUAUGUUGCUGCUCUUCCUCUUGAUUGGCAUUGAUUUUUGUCAGUGAUGAUCCAUGAGUGGCCAUGAGAUUAAAUGGAUACUGCUGUUAGCUGUGAUGCUAGCCCAUUAGCCUUCUCCUGAGUGAGUCUCUUCCUGAGAUUAAUAGCUGUGUCAGGAAACUGGCCUGGACCUUGACAGUCGGAGUACUUUGGCUCUUGGUUCAUAUGGAUUGCAUUGCUUCAGCGUAAGGAAGACACUCGUGUUUUUCUCGUGAUGGAUCUGUUUUUAAAGUGGUACUGAAGGUGAACUGCAAAAAAAAAACAAACAAAAAAAAAAACACGGAAAUAUUUAAUAAAAUAACAAUGUUUGUGUUCAUGAAAUACGUGUACAAUUGACCUUCAGGGCCACUGUAGUUAAGUCAUUUGAGAUACUUCCCAAUGGUUAGAUAUCUUGUUACAUGGUGUUUACUGGUAAGUGAGGCUGUACCUUACCUUAUGCCACUUUUUGUCUGUUUUUUACAAAUUACAUCUUGUAAAAAUCUAAACAUAUAUAUUUUGUUAAUGGUACCACAGUAUUGUAGUAUAUUGCAGGGGUGGGAGAAAAAAAUUGAUUUACAUAAGUAUCACGAAAUAUGGUUUCUGGAAUAGUCAGUAGACAAUCAUAAUCAUUCCAAUGUUUUAUCGCUGUUAAAAAUGCUGACUAAUAAUCGACGAUAUCGUAGAAUCCCAAUUGAAAUCGAAUCAGCAUCCCAAAAAAUCGCAGAAGAAUUGAAUCAGGAGAGGCAUGUCAUCCUAGCCCUACCACUUAGUAUUGAAAACAAAUGAUUAGCAAAUACUGUACUUUUUGAUAAAGAAAAUGAAUUAAGCAUUAAUUGAUUAACAGGUUGAACUAAAGAUAUGCGAAGAAAACAUCAUUUCCGGUGUUAAGCUAAGAGAGGACACAAACCCAUAAAAUUCUAAUAAUAAACUGGACUCCAAAAGAGCAGAAACUAUGUACCUGAACAGUCAUUGCAUCUUGCUUUAAAUUUAAUUUUACCUCCAUGUUUUAUGGAGCAUAAGUGUCCGGUCAGUGAGUCCAAUCAAGCUGGACUCUUAAUAGACUGUUUGAUGAAUAAUUAAUGAACCAGCCCACUCAUCCAGCUGCGUACAGAGAUAAAUAUUCACCACAAUGCAGUGCUAUGACACAGUCAACAAUUUAUAAACCGUGAUGUAAAAGUGAUGCUUCUGAUGCGUCAUCUGGACAUAGAUGUGUGUGUAAUGGCCGUCAGCUGCUGAUAUUAAUUAUUCAUUGUAAAUGUUGCGACCCGUCCAAUAAGGCAGUUACAUUUGCAUCCAUCUCCCUUUGGGUGCUCUGCUGGAGGUGUUAACAACUGUAAAAACAGAUCUGUGCUCUGUGGUAUCAGGUCGAGUAAGGGGGCGCAUUGCUCUUCUCUUCUCACCGAGGUGCUGAUGGGAGGAGGGAUCAGAGCGUUGGAGAUUUCAGGCCAGAGAGGAACAGGAAGUGACUGUUUAUUUUUCUCAUUUCCUCUUUGAGGCUCCACUAGUGAGCCUGCUUCUUCCACUCCCUCUUCUUUAUUACUGACGCGAGCCAAAGCCAAGAUAUAUGUACACACAUGUAAGCAGCACAAAACUAUCAAUAAAAGGGAGUAAAUGUACAUUCUUAUGAGGAAUAGAUAAGGUGUCAGAUUUUCCACUUGUUUGUGGUUUAGUUUAUAACUGCUUUCUGUCCUAGUUAAAAGGUUUGCAGUUUUAACUUGUUCAGGCUGCACAACAGAUGAAAAGCACUUAAAGAUCUGUGCGUGAGGUGUGAAAUCUAGUGUGCAUGUGCUAUUUUUUCUUCAAUAACACAGUCCGAAAAUGCAGAUAAUUGGCACAAAGAUUUGCUCAGAUCCUCUAACUGGUAGUGGGUAAAAAUCAAUAAUAAACAUAGAAGGAUUACGCAUAGUAUUGACCUCAUACAGUAAUUGGGAGCUUACCCUGGCAAACAUCUUUAUUUAAUAGUUUUAAACUGCAGUCAUUCUCAAAGAAGCACAAUUUGAGUGCUCUAUUACUAUUGAGUCACAUAACAUUAACAUGCCUGCUUUGAUAUAACAUCUGACCAGCAUUUCAGGCCUACAACAAUAAGACUAUACAGUUAAUUCUGGUUCUAUUUAGUGAGUGUUUAGUUGUUUGGACGACCAUCCUUUCUUGUAGCUCUUAUAUAAUAACAUUUACUCGUGUAACAAGCACCUCAAAGAUGCUUUACAAUUUGUAAAAACCAACAGCAGAGCUCAGAUGUAUCAAACGUUUGAAAAAACAAUGUUCAAAAGUGAUUUAUGAUGAAAUACUUCGUGACUGAUGGGACUUGUUAAUUAUGUACUUUCAUACAUUAAUGAGUCUUGCCAAUUUUCAAACCCAUUUAGACUUGUUUAAUUAGUUUUGGCCUUUGCGUGACACUUUGAUAGCACUCCAGCUUGCAUUGUGUCGCAGUUGAUACUCUGUUGUGGAUCCAUAUUUUUGCUCUAAUGGCUAUAAAUUAGGAGAAUGCCUGCUGGGCAGAUCCUGGCACCCGCACUAUCCAUUUAACCUCCCGGGUCCCAGUGCUUGUUGGCGUGAGUGGGGACAUGGUGCCAGUACGCAGGGGGAAAAAAGGAGAGGUGGGGGGUGCAGUGUGGACCAUUCUCAAUGCCUCUUUAGUCGACUGACUGUCAGUGAGUGCUGACUGAGCUUUCUACUGUCCUCCGUGUUGCCUCCACAUAAGGCUUCUAUUAUAUGGAAAUAUCAACAGAGGUUGUAUUCUGCCAUCUCUCCGUGGCUAUAUGACCUCUCUGCCUCCACCCCCCUGGUGCCCCCCUCUCGCCUUUGGACCCCUCACAUGGAAACUAAUUUGGCUCUCAAGUGGGGCUAUUGUUUUGGCUGCCGAGCGAAAAGCCCAAGUGAAACAUACAGUUACAAUCUCGCCGGCAUUUUUUUUUUCUCCCACCCCCUCUCUCUUCCUCAAUCCUGGUCUUCUUUUUCCAUGGGAAUCCCAGGGCCAUAUAUGGUCGUCCUCAGUGGCAGGAGCAGCAGCUAGAUUGCUGAAGGCUGAGGCUAUGUGUGUGUGCGUGUAAGUGUAUGGAUGUGUGUGUGUGUAGUCUGGUUACAGCUCCCAGCAGAGCUCAUCUAGUGGAGGGACCCAGCUGGUCGCCCCGCAGCGCUCUAACCCUCCCCCUCGUACCCUCUGGCCUCAUGAACCCUGCCAAUAGCACAGGAGCUGUGAGCUCUUUGUCUCUGGCAUAAACACACACACAUACACAAAUUCACACCACUUUACACCACCAACAUUAACGCUGUAGCUGUCUUACAAAUAUAGAUUUGCUCCUCUUCAUUUUCUGCCCAUUUAUUCAUCCCUUGAUUGUUCUGUUAAAUUAAUUUAUUUGAUUUUACCUUUUCACCUCAUCGUCUAGACCGAUCCGCCUGUAACACACACACACACAUACACAUGCAAACGCAGACACAUAACGCACUCAUACUUACAUGCAGGCGGUAAGAAGGAAUUCCUUUUGUGGAAGUGGCUGCGCGCCUCUGAGCCAAUGACGUAGCCCCGCGAGGAGUGGCCAAAGCGCUGAUGCCUGAAGCCCCAAGGCUAGGAGUAUUACUUAUCUGGGAAUUUCUCCACUGGUAUGCUAGUCCAGGGCCUCUGCUGCUUACUGGUUAGGUGGCUGCAGAGAGGAUUGUAUACUUCUAGAGGGUGAGGGGGAGAAAAAGCUGAUUUGUUGUUGCUUUAUAAGGAAGAAAACUAGCCUUUCUCUUUGAGGAGGAACGUGAAACAAGCUCUUUGUUUUUAAGCUUUACUGUAAAUGCCUUUUUAACAACUUAUGGACUCUUUUUGUCUGUAGUUUGUACAUACAGCCAUCAUUUAAUUCACUGCAUCUUGAGUUUGGUUUUGUAUGCUUUCGAUUGUGUUCCUCGAGAGAGAAAUAGAAGUGGUAUCACAUUUCUUCUCCACAUGCCAAGCUUUCUUGUGUGGUUUUUCCGUUGCUUUGAUCCUAAUCACAAUCGUAGUAAAAAGUCUGUUGCGGGUUUCGGGGGUUUGAACAGCUGUCACAGACAUUCACGGCGAUAAUCUCCCGGUUUGUUGCUGUUUUAGUUUUACAUUUAGCGACUGUUGCAUAAUCCGCAGACAUCCAAGAGCACAGUUUUCAUCAGGACUGUUUAUUCAGUUGAAAGUUCGGUUGUCCUUUAUGACAACUGUUGACAGUGAGGUCUGUGGAUUAUCCUGAAAGAAUCUGGACAUUGUUUCUGAAAAGACGCGUCUCUGUUGGAUGACAGUGCUCUAUGAUUGAGCACCACAAAGGAAAUUCCAUUCACCACCAUUGGCAAAUAAAGUGCAAAUCUGAACCGUGCAGAAGGUUGAAUAACACAAAGAAAACGAGCUCAAAAUAUUUGACAUUUUUGAGUCUAAUUAGGGUGUGUGUUGACUUCUACACAGAUGAUAGAAAUGUCGGCAGUUUUGACACUAAGGCACCUGACAAAAGUCAAAUGAAAUGAUUGAAAUAUAAUUAUAAAACUUUGAGUAUUUCAUACUUGAAUCCUCUUGUUUUUUCAUUUCUAAUCAUAGCGCUACAUCAAACUGACAACAUAUACACAUCUCAUGUAAUUCUGAAUUAAUUAAGGUGAAUUUACAUGGCAGCUCAGCUCACAUCCCCCCCAAGAGUUUUUUUAUUUUAUUUUCUUCUUUACCUAAGAACCAUAUCCAAGUUCAACAUUAGGAAUACUAAUUUGAUAUAUGUUUAUGAAGCUAGAAUAACUUAACAGGCUUGAGAACAUGGUAGCUCAGCUUGCAGCGCAUGAGGGUGUUUGGGACACUGGAUUUUUAUGAGUUAGUGUGUUUGUGUGUAGUUUUAUUACAGAGUUAGUUUGCAUCUUUUAUAGUGGACAAUUAACACUUAAGGAGAAACAAGGGCACAAAGAAACAAGGUAGCAGCAGCUCAGUUCGCAGCCCCUUUUAAUGUCCUAUACAAGCUUACACAAUGAUUGACACCAAUCGCCUCAAUAAGUGUCUUUGGUCUGAGUUGGUUAAAUGCAUUUUGAGUGUGGUUGUUUUUGUCAUCUUAUUUAAAGUAUGGAUUAAAUGGGUUAAAAGGGACUUUGUUUUCUUACGUGCAAAUAUAGUUUUUACAUGUGCUGUACAUUAAAAAAUCUGCCCAUUAAGCGUAACUUUUGUGUCACUAUACAUUCCCUCUCAUUGAAAAAUCUUCACGAAACACUGAACAGAGGCCUGUCCAUGAUGCCAUGUGCUACUGUAAGUGCCAAGCUCUUAAGAUGGCUAGAUACAUAUAAAUCAACCGCAUUAGCAAUGAAAAUUAAGCUUCUGUGUAAAUGAUUGUCUGUCUAAGGGUAAGAGCAGAAUCAUUUGUGUAGAAGUGAGUCUAAGAAAAGCUUCACCCUAAAUACCCGGAGAUCUGGCCUCUCUGAGUUUCAUCUCAGUGUAUUUGUCAUAACUGGGGCUGUAUAUGUUUUCGUUGUAUUUUUGAAGAUAUUGCAGGUAGCCAUCAUUUUUGUGUACUCCUUUAUAAAAUUUUAUUUUAUAACGAUCUCUUAUGUUACAUUUCGAUCCCUGGUUUUAGGCAUCAUCUGAUGGUCUUGGUAUCCACAUUUGACAGUCUCAAGUGUACACAACAAGUUUGGCUUGCUGCUCAGGCCUCCCUCAGCUGUACAAUGUGAAAAGGACACAACAGCAGCUUUCUGAAAGGAGCCUGAGCUGGCCAUCUGAGAGUGCAGUGAAAGGAAGUCAAGGAGGGGAGGGGUGUUCAAGUGUCUCCUUGAUGUGGAGUGCUGCUAAAUAAAGCUUGAAUCUUUCUACAUGAUGGGCCAGAAGAUAAUAAACCUACCUUUUUAUAAACACACAGUAGCUUUACUCCUUUACGGCAAUGUUAGGCUUGUCUGUUUGGAGUGAAACGUGGAGCAAGACUUCACAGUAACGUGUCCCCUAUGCUUGUGGAUUCAGUCACUUCAGUUUCUGGCAGGCGAUGAAGCUCAUGACCGUUCCUGCUGUGAAUUAGGUUCAUGUUUGUAUUUGUAUCUUUCACAUGCUUUUACUUAAAACCGAUCGUGUCCAGUGACAUGCGUACCUUUUUUAGAUUUAACAUUCUCAUAGUGUUUUAGUUUUACAACAGUAUUACUGUGAAAAAGGGAUUGUACGUGCAAAUGCAUGUUCACUUAAUGCAACCCUCAGAGAAAGAUAAUUUUAUACAUCACUGUGUGUGAAUGUGUGUUAACCAAAUCUAGGUCAGCUGAAUUUUGCUGUCACUCUGUAGUUUUAUUUUUAAACAUCUGCUUCAUUUAACUGGGCUCAAUGGUGGCUCAGUGGUUAAUGCAGUCAGAAGGUUCCAGGUUUGAAUUCUGUGUGGAGUUUGCAUCUUCUCCCUGUUCAUGCUGGGGUCCUCUCCAGGUUCUCAGGCUUCCUUCCAUGUGUAUUGUUGGUUAUCGCUAUAUGUCAGUCCUGUGAUGGACUGGUGAUCUGACCAGGGUGUACCCACCCACUACGGGUUGGAGAAAAAAUCGAUACAGCAUAAUAUCGCAAUAUUUUGUCUGGUGAUAUAUUGUAUCAUCUCAUUUAUCAAGUAUUGAUUUUUCAAAUUAUUUGCUAAUAUGAAGUCAAAUCUAUGAUAAUGGAAAAAUAAAAUCAACUGUUUGUCUAGUGACUGGGGGUAGUUGAAAACGCUUUUCUGGUCCGAGUUUGUUCAGUCUGUCGUCCUGUCGGCAUGAGGGGCAGUAGCCUACAGUAUAUCUACAGUAUAUAUAUAUUUUUUUAUAACUUAAUAAAAAUUUAAAAAAUCGGCGGAUUAAUCGGUAACCGAAUUUAUUUCCCCCAAAUAAUCGGUAUCGGCCCCAUAAAAAAUCCAUAUUGGUCGGUCCCUAAUAUAUCAGGUUUGUGAGAUGUGCUACAUGAAAAUAAAAUACAGCGUAAAUAAGACAAACAUAAAGGAAAGACAAAUGCUAAGUUACCUAAACAGUUACAAAAUUGGAUAAAACACAAUACAUUAUCACAAUACCUCAGCUUCCCUGAACUGGAUAAGCAGUAAAGAUAAUGGAUUCAUGGAUUUAUUUUACUGUUUGAAUUGUGAAAAGCUAGAGCUAAUAACAUGCCUUUCUCUGGCAUGGUUCUUUCGAAAUAAAGGUUCUUCAGUAACACAUCAACUACGCACUUCUAUUGUGAAAAUCUGUCAGAAAUGAAAGGUUGUUACCAUCAAAUUAGCUGAGUUUUUAGAGUUAACAUUAGCAAGAACUGAUGCAGUAUUCACAGUCAAUUGAGAUGCAUGAACGCUUAAGCAUGCACAGAACGUUUGGGCCAGUUUGAGUCUGAUUGAGCCAUAUACAUUACAGAGAAAACCACACUGAGUGGCUUAAUACCCCAAUACACAGGGUCUUAUGUGUCUUUCCAUGUCUGGUGCCUCUUGAACAAUAUUUUGAAUUGGAUUAUAAUCGGUAACAGUGGCAGCCACUCAUUAGCGCUGCAGGGCAUGUCUCUUUUUUUUUUUGCCAUAAAAGGUCAUGAAAAUUUCCAGAUAACCGCCAAAAGCCAUCCCUGCAAGUGGUUAAAAAAAGAGAGAUGGCACCUGGAGACGCUCCAUUCAACGAGAGUUUUCUGAUGUUGUCUCACCGCCGCUUGCUCUCUUCACCGCCCGCACGGGCUGUCCAAGCAACCCCCGUGCGCUUCAUAAUGAAGUCUUUUCUCUAUUUAUUUAUGUUUCUUUCAAAAGCCCGACAAGGUCUGAACCCGUGUUCUCUUUUUGGCUUUGUCGUCAUGGCAACAGACUGGCCCUUUUUCUUAGGUGCAUGUCAUGGGUACAUUUUUGGGCCCCGCUCAGAGAAUGGCUUAGCUCAUCUUCUUUCAGGCGUUAGCGGGGAGUAGGGCUCAAAUUCCUCCAUAUUAUUUCAGGAUUAGAGUAGAGCGUAUGAGGGACACUAUAUUCUUUCUGUGCUAAUCUUCUCCAUAUUUAUCCCCAAUGGUUCAGGAGGGUUUAUUAAGUUAAUCAGUUGAUAGCGUUUAUAAUCAGUCCAACUUAGCUGGGGUUAAUUGAUGACUGUGUGAAGUUUUGAUAGUAUUAAGCAUUGUAUAUCUGGCAGUUACGGCUCCUUCUUAUCCAGUCGGGCCAGGACUAAUGACUUUUUCUGUCUUUUCCUUGGGUACUUCACUCUGUCUGGCAAAUUUCUCUUUCUUAAAGUGCCACUUGAGGUCAUUUCUUUCUUGACAAAUACAAGCUGAUUGUACAGUUACGUCUGGCUGAUGUUUAUUUGAACAGGUUCCCAUCAGCGUAAACCAGCUGACACAUUAAGUGAUUUUAAAGCCAGUGUUUUGAGGAGUUGGAAAAGAACAUGGUACGAGCUGUCCCGCGUUGUGAAAUAAGAUGCUAAGUGGUCUGUCACAACCUCAAGGAUCACAUAAGUUCUGCUGAAGUAUUACAGUAGAUCCUGCUGGAUUGGGUAUUACUACAAGUACAAACAUUAGUUUUAACUGUGGUCACCUGGUUAUUAAUUAUCCCAGCCUUAAAGUUUUCUCCCCUUUUCAUUAAAAGCAUUUUUUCUCAUGACGUGCUUUUAAAAUCCCUAUUUAUCAGUACUUACUCACAUCUGCCAUUGUGGAGAUUUCUCAGAUUUUGUUAAAUUCUUAUUAAACAUAUCAGAAAUGUUCUUUGCCUUUCCCACUCCGCUGGUAACCACAUCCCUCAAAACCUAAUGCUGCCUCAAAGCUAGCACACAGCAUACAUUAAACCCUAUUGACAAAUCAAAUGGAGCGUCCUGUGUCCAUCGAUUAGUUUAGUGCUUGAUUUUAUUUUACGUCAGCUUCCCAGAAGCCUCAGUUUCCAUUAGAGAUGCCCUUCCAUCAGGAAGGGUGGCAAGGACUCAUCCCUCAGUCCACCCUGAUAAACUAACACGAUACAUCAAGGAUUUCCCAGGUGUACGAUACACUGUUAGUCAGUAUGUUUUAAUCUCAAAUUUAACUGGUGAAUCCGUUUUUCAGACAUUUCUACAUCUGCAAACAUAGAUCUUGUUUUAUAUGAAAGGAUCAAGCUGUUAACCAGACAUUCUUCCAAGCCAAGUAAUGCUUUCCCUUUUUUUUCUUUAGCUGUACCAAGAUUGAAGUAUUUUUUAAGUAAGUGAACUUGAGAACAAUACUACUUAGCUUGCAUCUGCCUUUUAAAAAGCAUUAAAGUGGUGAACUUUUUACCCUAAUACUUUUUUUGACAGUGGUUUUUGCCUUGUUUUAUGACCUGACACCUUGACCACCAGCCCGUUUGAAUCCAAAAUGUUGAUCCUAAAGUCAGACUAUGCAAUCAUCAGAUUAGGCCAACACAGAGCCAUAGAUUCAUGACAUGACAAACUAUGUGGUAGUGUAAUGCUCGACUUCAUGUCCCAAAGGUGGCCUUAAUUUUUGACGAAUAACACCGGGUUAAGCAAUCAAUUUCCUGAAAACUCUGCAUCUCUCAGGUUGAGCUAUAGUAAUGCCUAUAACUUGUAGUGUUAUCUAUGCAUGAAGGAAUAAGACCUGACAACAAGCUGAGUCAUCUAGAGCUAGACCGACACUACAGCAGCUCAGCUCGCAGCCCCCAAACAUAUUGUGUCUGCUUUGGAACACCAGAGAAAACUUUGUCCUACUCAGAAGAAAUACUGAAGGUGUCGCGACCUGAAGACAAGCUGAGAACCUAGAAAAUAGUUAGUGGCAGCUCAGCCUGCAGCCCCCCAAAAUACUGUAUCUGCAAAGAGAAACUACUUGGUGAAGUAUUGUUUGACACUGCUGCAGUUCAUCUUCAGCAUUUUUAUCAGGUAGUCUUCACUGCUGUUUCAGACCGAUGACUUUCAGCUCUAGUAAAUGUAUCAUCAUCUGUUCAAGAGCCAAACUAAUAAAUGUUGGUGUUGUUAUUUGCAGAGUUAAGCCCCUCCUUAUCGAUGUCACUUUGAAUUCUAGUGUAGCCAGUUUGGUUUUUGGGUAGUUCUGCUAGAAAGUCUAAUUUUUUAUCCUGAGGUUUGUUUGUUUUUUCACUUAUUAGUCCCACUCUUCUUUUCCAUCCAUCUUCUUGCCUUCGCUCUUGACACUGUAUCAGAUCUUCUCCCUUCCUCAGACACACUAGCCAAACAGGUUUUAAAUGGCACCGUGUCUGAGAGUGAGUCACUACAUGUCUGAAUGUUUCGCUGCAAGCGCAGCACGGGUCUGAUAUGCCAAUCAGUGGGUUUAUUGUAAUGUGUGAGACAGGAUUAAACCCACAUUGUUUCUUAAAAUAACUGAGAUAUAACCUCAAUCCCACUCCUCUGCUCUGUUUGACUCACUCACCCUGCCUAAUGAACAAAAGAGCUUAAUGUUAGUUCAGUGUGGGGUUGCAAAACUCGGCUGCUCUGUCCUCCUCCUUCCUUUUUCAGAUGAAUAUGUAGAGGAUGCCGCAGCACUUUCUCUCAACUCUCCCCUUCUUUGUCCGGUGUAUCUGACCACUGGGCUACACAUAAUCUUGAUGCAGGCUGUCACUUCGGCACCUGUCAGCCGAGGACAAUUACAGCCAUUAAGGGAUUACCUUUGUUGGACUCUACUAGCUGCUAGGAGGAGCCAGCGGAGGAAGGUGACGUACCGAAGAGGGAGGUCACAGCCAGCGCUGCGUUCGCCUUAAGGGGCUUGUUUCCAUUCUUAGAGAGGGAGAGGACUUUGAAGAGAUAAUAAGCGCGCAGGGCUGACUGAGGGGGAGGAUUUAGAUGAGGGUAAGGAGGACAGUUUUCAGUGGAGAGGAAAGAGGCAAUCUCGUUUAUAUGUUUCUUUUUACAUGAUGCAUAAAGUGAAGGCUGAUUAACUGAAGCUGAUGUUGCCCAAUACCCCUGACAUCUUCUAUUAAAUUAUACUCCAACCCAUCACACAAACUCGCACAUAAAUCCAUAUGGUAUGUUAUUGAAUGGAAAAACGUAAAUGCAAAAAGCAGUUCAGUUUGGCUGGAAGCCUCCUCUCCAGAGGGACUUGAUUUAUACGCUUUUAUACAACUGUGUUUCGAAUGCAGUUUGAACAUAAACUGAACAUAUGUCUGGUAUUCCUGCUUUGUGUAUGUGCUAUAUUAUGAUGGAAAUAUUAAAAAUGCAAUUUAUGGACAGCUUGUGAAGAAAAAGAGCAGUCCUCCUGUUGUUGGGAAACAGAGGCAACACUAUGAAGACUAAGUGCGCUGCUGUACAGGCUGUUCAGGACAACAUGGCGACUUUGUUCAUUAAAACUCAGCACUCGGUCCUCAUGUGCCCUCAUAUGCAAUAUGAUUCUUUUAGCUGAUGGCUUAAAUAGUGCCAAUGCCUAUGUUGAGGUCUGACUGUACUGUACUUCACAUUAGCUUGUCAACAAUGCACUGAUCAAGCACUUGAAACUUGCCACACAUGGGAUAUGAGCCCAAAUCCGGUUACUGAUUCUUUAUUUUUAUACUUACUUAUCCAUUUGUUGAUUUGCACGUAGGAAAUUGAUGAUACAUGACAAAGGUCUUGGAUUGAGGCGUGAUAUUGAAAGUAAUGCUGCGUUCCAGUCAGCGUUUUUUUUCCAUUACGAAGACAUGACAAUGACGAGCUAAACAUGCGUCUUAGAUGACUAAAAUGUGACGAGACGAAUGUGCGUUUACGCUGACGAGACUUGACGAAAACGUUAGUGGUGGACGACGAACAGAGUUGCAAAAUUCAUGAGCAUUUCGUCAGUCGAACGCUAAACAUAUAUUCUGCAGUGUUGUUUUCGUCGACGAUGACGUUGACAAAUUAUUUUCAUCAACGUCAUUGUCAACGAAAACAACACUGGUUCGAGUUACCUCGGAAGUCAGAUGUCGGAGCUGAAAAUGAAGACACACCCCAGUUUCCGGCGUUUCAUUUGGCUACAUCUACAAAAGUUAUUUUAGCGCUUGCCUUAUAUUUGGACAAGCCAAGUGCUAAAAUAACUUUCGUAGAUAUAUCCAUCUUGUUUCUGCCUCCAAUUUUGCUUUUUUCCGACUUGGUAACUGAAACGCUGGUAACUCGGGUGUGACGUCAUUUUCAGCUCGGACUUCUGACUUCUAAGGUAACUCGAACGCAGCAUUAGACCUCUGGUGUUUGGAUUUAACAAGUAACCCUGCAAACUUGUGACUUCAAGCGGAAUGCCUAUGCUGUUGACAUAGUAACAGGUUGCAAGUUACCAAUUAAUAGGGUCACUUGUUGAACCAUAACACUGACAUGAUUACUCGUAACCUUGUAUCGUUGGAGAGCUUGUGUAGAGUAAAACAAGAAGGCAGCAUAAAUAUUACUGCUUCUACCAUUUCUCUUUUUUCAAUGUAUCUGUAAAAGUAAAACCAGAUAGUCGAAUUCUAAGGUCAACUGUGUUAUGGUAGAAGCUAAAGGGCUGUCAGAAGAUGUUUUUUUAUUUUUUUAUUUCAGAUAUGACCUGAUCUCUCUCAAAGUGACCACAAAUUAUUAGAUUGUUGAUUUUUAUUCAAAUUGCAUACUAAGACCUAAUCGUAAGACAACAAUAUUGAGCAUCCCACCCUGAGUACACUGUCAAUGAAGAUGGCUGCCUAACCCUAACCUUAAUAGCUGAUAGUAAAGCCAUGAUGCUGCACAUGUUUAGACCAAAUUAUGGACCUAGAUGGAGAUGAGAAAUUCCAGCUACAUCAUUUGCACACAAUCAGCUGACAAACCUGGAUGGUUUCAUUUCGCGUACCACUUUUAAAAUAAUAUCCUGUUUUCUCAUCUGCCCAGUAACACAGCCAGAUCCAGAGUCCAUCUGCACCUGGAGAAACUCUGCCUGAGCACUCACACACACACAACCCAUAACCGCAUCAUCCCACACAGACACACUGACAGACACACACACACACUGACAGACACACACACACACACACACACACAGUGAGAUAAGCUCAGUGAGGCCUCUGCAGGCGCUCUUCAGCUCUGGCCAUGUACGGCGGUUGUAAACGGCCCAAAUUUGGACAAGGAUUCCAGCCAGAUAGUCGUGUGCCCUAAACGUGAGGCCGCUGUGUGUAUCUGUGUGUUUCUGUUUCUCUUGACAACGCUUUUGUUGGCAUAGCAACCCCAGGAGAGAGAGAGAGGGAGAGGAGGAGGAGACGGUACAGGCGUGUGUUCAACAGUGGGGGUUGAAGGGGUUCAGAUGGCAAAGUGAACUUCUGUAUUUGAUAUAACUUGAUGGUAACUAUUCCAGAUUGAUGAUUAUUUAUUGAUAAUUUACAGUGGCUGCCACUCGAUCAGGUUGUUCAGUUAUUAGAUUGAUAGCUUAGAUUUACUGCUUAAAUUCUUAUGCAUCUUUCAUUUGAGGUAGCGUCUGAACCUUGUUAUGUUUGUGUGUGUCCUGAAUAAAGAGGGCACUGCAGGCCUCUCUCUCUCUCUCUCUCUCUUGCUGCAUUUCCUCGACUGUGUUGUUUUGGUUGUUAAGUAGAAAUCUGACCUCUUUGACAGCAGCUUUUCUUGGCCUCACAGAGGAGAGAGGGAGAGGGCUGAGUCCCUUGAGAACCUCAAGAAAUAUGUCCAUCUUAUGCUUUAAAAAAAAAAGUGGUCUUCUGAUAUCAUAAUGGCUGAUUAUGAGGAGUAUUUGCGAACAGUUCAAGGCCAGAGGGGUAAAAGUACAAAUUUGAAAAAUGCUAAUUCAUGUAACCAAACCCAGCCCACCGUACGCCCACCGUGGCGAGAUUCCUGCAUCUUAAUGGAGGCAAAUUUAAGACACCUCCCACAGUAUGAAUCAGACGUUCCUAAAUUACAUACCUCCCACUGAUAGCAGCAAAUGAUUUCUGAGGGUAUCUCUCUUCGUUAUGACACCAUCACCAGUCAGAUUCGGAAAAUGGAAAGAAAGACAAAAUUACAGUAAAGAAAUGAAAUAUGUUUGUGAUUAUCAGUCAUCAGCUUCUUUGAACUCAUGUGGGGGAGUUUUUCGCUGGUUAUCAGACAGUCUGAAAUCUACAUUAAUGCCUCUAUUUAAGCUGAAAUACAAACAGGACAGUUAGUAAAAGGAGUGGUAAUUUCAAUAUUGUUAUUUUCAAACCCUGAACUGCUACUUGAGGCAGAGCUGUCAGACAAAGUUGUUAAGUCGGAGCUUAAAUUUCUGUUUAACCAGCAAGGACAUUAGUCACUGUAGAACAUCCUGAUUAAAAUAAAGAAAACAGCAUUAGCACUUUGCAAGAACUCAUGGGAACAGGCAGAAACCUCAAGCAGAACCAGACUGAGUGAACAACCAUCUGUGGUACCCAGGUGGAAGUGAAAAUGGUAUAUAAAGAGAAACAGAAAGAGAGAAACAAACAGACCAGUCGGUAACUCUCCAGAGAUUCUUUGAUACGCUCCAAUUUCCUUCCCCCCAAAGAGGUGUCUGAUGAGGACACCGUCCUUCGCAGGCACAUCAUCUUCCCUCAACAACCAGACUGUCUUUGAAUCUGUAGCUUGUCCAAAACACAAGCGAAUAAAGCUUCCAUAAGGAGACAAUCUCUGCGUGCCAGCAGAUAUCUGUUAACACUUGUUUUUCACGUUCUCUGUAUGUGUUUGUGGUUUUAAAAAAAGGCGUUGAACUAAUGCUCACUGCUCUCUAGAGUAAUGUUAAAGCAACUCAUGGAGGUGUUUUAAAAUGAUUCGGUUUGCAUGAAAGGAUAUAUAAAGAAAACGGGCACAGCACCUCCGUGUCUCUACCAGCAGUGCAAUGCUAUGUGGUAUUUAAAGCUCCUCUGCUAUGUGCCGGCAUUUAAAGAACGCCCCAGCUGCCAAAAUUCUCUGACAAUUCUGGACACACACGUCUAUCUAUCAGACACUGACAUAAGCACAUAUGCACAUGUGCACGUACUCAGACACACAGGGCAGGUCGCAUUUCCAGCUUCUUGCAGUGACCUUAACCUGCCCCCCUCUCUCUCUCUCUCUCUCUCUCUCUCGCUUCCUCUCACAGGCAUGUAUAGACGACAACGUUGACAUGGUGACUUUCCUGGUGGAGCACGGAGCCAGCAUCAACCAGCCCGACAACGAGGGCUGGAUCCCCCUCCACGCUGCAGCCUCCUGCGGAUACUUAGACAUAGCAGAGUAAGUCUCCAGAAGCCUCUGUUUUUUAAGAAGCAGCGGUAUCUGUUUCAUCAGGUUUACUUCUGCAAAGUCAUCCUCACAUCCUGUUUCUAUCUAGUCUAUUCUCAGAAGCAUUUCUUUUCUUUGUAAUAACACCUUGUCGUCUCGACACUUGAGCAGCAGGGUUAGUAAGGCUACAAAGUGACAUCAGGACUGACGUGACUGUGCUCCAGCUGAAUCCUGCACUAUCCUUGCGCCCCUUUUUGUGACCCCUGUCUUUAUAAUAUUGUUAGCAAGAUAGACGCACUCUUAGUCCGACCAAGAGCACACUUUUAAUCAUUUUUUCAGCCAAACAAAGCAGGGAUAAAUUUCUAAUCAACCCCUUUAAAACAGGAAUGGAGAUUUUUCAGCUUGCACGUCAUAAUCAGCACAUCAAAAUGAUGUAAAAACUGUAUUUCACAAUGGAUUCUGAUUGGUUUCCCAUCCAUAUUUAGGAAGAGUAAUCAUUUUUGCAUAUUUUUUUCUCUCGCCUCUCAAAAAAAACAUUAAAGUCAUAUCUUUGCGGAAUUUGUUGAGUCCCGAAUGAACAAAUAUGCUGUCUCACAUCUUGAAAACAAGAUUGUAAGCCAGAGCAUUCCCUGCAUAAUUACAGUAUUUGACUAUUUUUCUGUUGUUUCACUUAUUCUGCAGUUCAUCUAAAAACUGCAGCUCCUGCAACUUGAAUGCUUCACUUGGCGAUUAUUACCACCAUGAUAGUAUUUGAACUAAUUGUGCAGCCCUGUUCAGCAUCUCUCAGCUCAUUUUGUCAGCAGCAGCAGCCCAUCUGAUAGCUCCAACACAUGUUGUUAAAUGAUGUAAUCAAAUAUGGACAGAUCUUUUAUCAGCCCCCGUUAUCAGGAAUAAGCUCUAACGUUGCACUCCAGCUGCUUCUAGUCCUUUUCAGGUAAGACAGCUCUGAGAGCACCAAGCACAACACAGAGAUGUUAUCUGAGGAUAUUUAAACAGGCUAAAGGGAGCUGAAGGGGCUCAGUUGUACUCAUUGUUCAGCAUAUUGGAAGUGUGCUGUGACCUGCUUUACUUCUGAGUUACAUUACAGGAACCUGGCUACUGAUUUAACCUCCUCAGAGCUUUUCCCAAAAAUGACACGUUCAGCUAGCUGCAGGAAGAUAAACAUGAAGCUUAGGUACAAAAUCUGCACAGCGUUUCAAUUGCUUUUAAAUUUACUUUUUGUCUUGGUAUAUUUAGAGAUUCAGGCACACAGAAUGUUUCCAGAAUUCGUUUUAAGUGCAAUUCCACUUUUUCCAGAUCGAGGGCCUGUGUCCACUAACAACUGUGAUUCUGCUGGCAGCACCCUUAACCACAAAUUUACUACUAUGGCGAGGUUGGCUGCACCUCUGCCUCCAUAAGUAGUGACAGUUAGGUUUGUUUCAAUUUCCUCAUUCUGCUCCACAUUUGCCUCUAUUCAAUGGAAUUUCUAAAAAGAAAGUGUAACAUCUGUAGAAAUCAUGUCAUAGCAUAAGCAGCCAUUAACAGCUCUAGAUCUGGGAAUUGUAUCCUUGAAAAAACCUGGUUAGUUUCUCAUCAGUAUUACCAUCUGCCAUUGUCAUUGAUGUAAGAAGUUCUGUCAAUUGGUUUGUAUAGGAGGCAAGUACUGCCAGUGCAAAAGCUGCUGUCAGUGGAGAUGGACCCUAAUUUUUUUUUUCGAGUUUACCAGUAUUGUCUUUUUUCUAAAACAAAAUUAACAAAGUUUAUAAACGACUCUUAAAAUGCCUAAUCACACUGGUUUUGUUCACAAGACAGGUGCUACUAGAGCAAAAGCCUGCUGCAGUGUACACAGGCCCUAGUUUGUUUAUUUAUUACAUUUUUCUAGAUACAUCAAAAAUAAUAAUAGAUUCAUUUUUUUGAGGAAUCAAUGAGAAGAGGGUUCUUUCAGGGGUUGGCAGGCUAUAAAAAUGUUUGUGAGACAUCCAAUAGAGUUGGAAACAGGGGAAGAUAAUGGGUAAAUUGCUGUUUUAAAGACUGUAGCCUUCCCUUAACCACUGAACAAAAGAGAUGCCUUGCAAACACUUUGAUCUUGCUGCCAUUAAAACAUAUGCAUUUGAAUGUAUUUGACUAUUUUGUUUCGAUGUCAGAGAGUAUUCACAAGAGAGUUGUCAAAGAAACUCUAAUUCUAGGUCCAAUCCCCGAGGCUAAGAGGCUCUCCCCAGUCCAAAAAGGACUGAAAUCUGAACAAGACCAUGAUAUAUGAACAUAUUUGGUGAAACCCUCUCAACGGUCCCUCCAGUGACCCACUUAAUUUGCAGUACUUAUCUUUUAUAAUGAAAAAACAAAUCUGAAUUUUACGGCUGAUAUCUCUUCAGAAUAGGGAAUUAAUGAAGGUUCAUUGGUUUUCCCACGCAUAACAACACUUUAUUGAUAUUUCCAUGGUUUCCAUGGUCUUUUUCCAACACAGUGUUGUUCAUUCGGUUGUUUUUUUAGGUCUUUGAGUUGAAGCGCUUGUUCAAUUUUAUGGUAUGUUCUGAGAAUUUACUUAAUUUUAAGCUUCAAUAAAUAACUAAAGUAUUUUUAGCUCUCAGCAAAAAAGAAGAAUUCUCAUUUCAUUGAGAGUGGGGAAAAAUCCUCUCUGUCAGCUCAUAAGACAGGCCUUAAUCCUGAAAAAAAUUACGAAUAUCCUUUCAACGAUUAAACAAGAGAAAGCUAAACCUAAACCUCUGAAAGUUCUUAUCAUUUAGUGGCUUUUUUUUCGACGUAUGAGGUGAAGAAAUUAGCUGCUUCAUCAACAAAAUAUCCACACAAAUGAGAGAUGUCAGUGUUGUUUACUUCUCAGACGCAGCCAGUCUGUUUCCAGUAGUUGUUAUGAACACAACCUCAGCAUGGCCAAGUAUUACAGAAAACAAUCAGUUUUUUGUUGCCACACACUGAGUGAAAAGGUCAAGUGGCUGGCCUGCAAUGGGUGACUAAUGGAGACAUCAUGUCAUAGAGAAGAACUCUCUAACCUGGUGUGGGUGGCCAGUGAACUCUCUGUGGACUCCUUUCAAUCCCCAGCACCCUCAUUUCACUGUGAAGGAAACUCCAAAAGCCCCGGUGUCACCGCAGCCACUUAAUGCCAGGGUUGGUUAAGAAUGUCACAGAGGGGGUCCGCACCACAAAACCCAUCAAACCCAGUGAAGCUGACCUAAAAUAGGCCCAAUAGAAAGUCCAAUCAAGACGACAUAAAUGUCUAAAACGUGACUCCAGUCACUCAGAUCCCAUGUGUGGGGGAAGUCAUAAGUACUCAGUCUGUUUCAAGUGGUGUGUCGGCCUAAUGAGAAGGGCCUGAGUCUCACCACAGCGGUAAUUGGAAGCAGCUGAAGUCAAGAUGUUGAAUGAGUUAAAAGGUUCAGUGUCUCUGCUUAUGGAGGACAAAAUUAAAAAGGGUUAAGUCACUAAGAAGACACGGGUGAGGUGUUAAUUUACAGUAAAUGCCAAAUUUGGUUUUCUGCUACUAUUUCAAAGAGUUAUUCUAGUUUAACUCUGGAUCUGAGUGCUGUUAGUAACGGGUGGGUAGAGGGUCUCGUAAAGACCAGUUCAGAGUCGUGAAAUUCAUUAAGUUUAGACAAGAUAACUCGAUAAACAUCAUAAAUAAAUUGACAAAUGUGGGGUAACAAACAAAAAUUCAAGAAAGGAAGUAAGAAAAGGUGAAGCUGAUGUCUUGUUGGUACAAAAGGUUCAGAGGUGUGAAGUUGUCUAUGUUUUCAGCAUUCAACAUCCAACCAGGUAGCCUCUUACUAACUUGUUUGAUUGUUUUGGUGCAUGACAUUAUAGUGGUAGUUACUAACUAACAAGGAGCCUGUAAACGGGGACAUAAGUCUGUCCCAGUAUACAAUAACUGCAGCUCAGCUUUACUGUGAAUGUAAAGGUACUGAGUGUCAAAUGGACUAAGGGCCUGUGUCCACUAACCGCCUUAUUUUGCUCUGGCAGCGCAUUUUUUUUAAUACAAAAUCAGAGCAGUUUAGAGAUUUCAGCACUUAGCACCACAAGUGCAGAAGUACUUUCACUUUGCACAAGUUGAAACACUACCCUGCUCACCAGUGCCACUUCUCCCUCACCAACCAAUCAAAAUCAAGAAGGGGUGGGACUUCCAACAGCAUCAACAGCUGGAAAAAAUUGUCCCCAAGGAUCUUUCCCAAAGCGACCUCAAAUAGGACCCUGCAGAGUCUUGAAUAAGCCUUGACACUGGCAGCUCUUGUCUCAGACUUUUUUUUUUUAUUGGAUAGUUUAUCUCAUGCAGCCAGGCUUGUUUUUUUUAGGUCUAGAGUUGCCACAAGACAACUUUUGUAACCUGGCAACAGUUAGUGGAGGUGAGAAUGCUGCAGAAAAUUAGGUUGUGGAUGCUGCCAGUGCAAAAACUGCCGUUAGUAUACCCAAGAUAUUAAACUAAGGCUGAGCUUAAAAUAGCACAAGGAAUAAAGCAAUCAUAGAUGGAAGAGUGACAAACACAAAGCCCUUAUGUAACAGUGUCAACCUUUUUAUGAUCAACCGAAUAGAUACACGACAGUGGUUUGGUUUCAAUGAAUGAAGCUGUAGUGCUGUAACAGGAACUGAACAAUAGUUUAGUGCCAAACAUCAGCAAGUAGUAAACAAUCCAUGCCAUAAACCUGUCUGGAUUUGUGCCACACCUCUCAGCCUUUAUUUUGAAGGUGUGGCUGUUGUCUCUGUUUGCAGAGCCUCAGGAAGACCCUGUGACAUUUCAACACGUCGUGCCUCAAGUUUGUCUGGAGUUAUGACAUUAGCAUGUUAUUUGUACACGCACCACAGCUACUUACCUUUGUUAGUUCACCGGUGAAACACUCUUCGCUCAUGUUUUAACUUGACAGCGUUUGAUUUUGAGGGAUACUUUAUAAAAUCAUGUCCCAGGGGUUACUUAUGAAGGAAAGGUCCAAAUUGCAACAAAUUGAGGAUCUUGCCAGAGAUAAUGCUGGAAGUUAUUGAAAUUAAUUAUGUGCUUAAUCUAAUUGCGGACUAUGUUGAAGUUGGCCUAGAGGUGUUAAAAGAUGUGACUGGUUGAACAGGAGGUGCAGACUGUGGUUGUCAACCAGUGCUGGCACCGACCCAAGAGCAACAAAACACCGCUCCUGUAUUUUAACUAUUUCCUCAUCACUUGAGGGAAGUAAAUAAACACAGCACAUGCCCUGUCCUUUUCAACCUGUACAAAGGCUUGAAUUUUUCUGCACUAAAAUGAACUUUUAGUUUUUAGUUUUAUACUGAUAAUUUGCUUUUUAAGUGGUUGUACAUAAAUAUAAUAGCUUAAAUCAGUGUUUUUCAGUAAAGAAUGCCAUUCUCUCUAAAUGGAUCAUAACUUACUCGCAUAAAAUGUGGGUGUAAAGUCAUUUGAUUUGCGGGGAAUAAAUAAUCAUCAUACCCAUAUUUGACAGUGCCUUUUGCUUGUAUUCCUGCCCAAGUUAGUUAUUAUACAGUAAGGUUCUAGUAAUGUGAAAUAUGUUUCUUUGUUUCUUGAUUCUUUGUUGAAUUUUCUGGCAAAAUAUGAAGUGUCUCCACACAUCCUUUUUUAGUAUUUUUGAAUACAUUUUUUUUUAAAAGUUUAAUGUGUGUUUUGUUGCAGGUAUCUUAUUAGCCAGGGUGCUAGUGUAGGAGUCGUUAACAGUGAAGGCGAGACUCCUCUUGACAUCGCUGAAGAGGAGGCGAUGGGGGAGCUCCUGCAGAAUGAAAUCAACAGACAAGGUACAGUAUCAAACGCUGUGUUUCUACCUACAGAUCUAGUUAAGUUUGGUACAGGGUGCUGUUAUUUGCUUUCUCAUUGAUAAACAUUGGGAAAGGCAGUAAAAUAACUUGUACAUUUUUAGUCAUAUCAGGAGACACUUCUGGCUCUUAUAUAGUUGUUGGGUUAUAAGGAGACAAUCUACCUGAAGAAUGGAUGCUUGAUUUACACACAGACCCCAGCUGAGCAGUGAGAAGGGUAUAGAGGCGGAUGCAAAGGGGGAGGGAGAUGGUACAUUGUCUGAGCUGUUCAUAGCCAACAUGUAUCCUGUGUGGAGUACUCUGGUACCACAAGCAAGACCAGGGUUUACUGUACUGAACUGUACUGAACUAAACCAAUCAAGACCACCUGCUAGAAAUGCACUUAAAGAAAAGCUCAAUUCUUCUGAUUGGUCCAUUUUUAACAAACUGUAUCAUCCUAGACUCCUUAUGUGCUAUAGUGUAUAUAAAUGUAGUGCAAAUACAGUACGUGUCUGUAUAGUACCCAAAUGUGAAUAUGUAACAAGCUAAAUCGUAUCAACACUCUCAAUGUGUUCAGCGUGUUAAUAGUGGCAUAGCUGGUAGGGGCCCUGUGUGUAUUUCACGCAUGUCUGACUUUGUUGUCAAAUAGAGCCCGAGCUCUCAGUGAGUGUCAGUUACCGUCUGUUUUUCACUCCCUCACUCAAAGAAAAACUUACAUAACUCAGAAAGGUGAUCCAGCUGUGUUUGUGCGCUCUCAUGUGAUGACUCCAAACUGAAAAGUCGAGUCUUUCUAUUUUUGGCCAGGCAAGGUCGGGGCAUUCUUGAGAUGAUGAAAGGCCCUCCCCUACAGUGAGAGGCCAGGCACAGACGUGUUAACUGGCCUGAGGCCAGAGGGGGUGCUCCUCAGCUCAUAUUCACUAAUAAAGCUCUGCUGGCUUUGCUUUCUAUGUGGCACUGUUUAUGGGCUCUAAAUUCUCCGAUUUUACUGCAGGUGUUUGUUGCUUGCGUGCAGACAGAAAUGCUUCAUUACAGCUGGAGUAAGAUUUCAAGUCUGGAAGGGCAGUCUGCGGGUUAGGCCUUGUUGAUCGAUGCAUUUAACAACAUCCUUAUUAGAAGUUUGUGCAGUGAUUGACAGGAGAGGAUCUGAGAGAUGGUUCAGACUUUUCUAUCCUCAAAUAAACAGCUUUAUUUUUGCGAAAAUUUACAACUUUAUCCUUGGAAACUGUUAACUUACCCCUACAUAUGUCCAAGAUUAAAUAAGUAAAUUAGUCACAAGACUUCAUUCUUAUAAAUGAACACUUUUUAAAAUAUUUAUUUAUGGCUGCAUUUGUGUAAUUUUCUGUUUUUAAUCACAUUAAUAUCUCAACUUAAUUCUCAUAAAUGUGUGGCUUUAGUCACUUAAAUUGAUCAAACUUUUCCCUUAAAGUGAAGACUUGAUUUCCAUGAAUUUUAAACCUUAUUCCAGUAAAAAAUACCACUUUAAUCUCUUCAUAUUUCAACUUAAUCCCUGUGAAUUUAGGGCCUUCCCUGGUAAAUUUGUGAGAUUACAGUUGUUAUGUAUGAGAACAAAGUUAUAAAUUCCUAGUUGAUUUAAGUUUUCAUUCUUACAAAGUAUGAAAACUAUGAUCUGGAAAUAAAAAUUUAUUGUGAUUUUUUUACUCCUUGGUUUAAGAUUUUACUCUUCAUCUGGGCCAUUAUCUGUGGUCAUGAUUCAGAGCCUCAGAAAUAAAGUCAACAAAAUCAAAAUCAAGAGUCUGACACUUGAGUUUACACUGGACUUCAAUACUCUCUUUCCGUCUCUUGCAGCAGAUGUAUGAUCUCAAUUAUUUGUUGAUGGAUAGUUUGGAAAACUAGCGUGAGGAGUGUUUAAGAAGUCUUAAAGUAAAACAGUCCUUCAGGAAAAAACAGUCUCAAACUUGUCGAUGUGGUCAGUCCUCAAAGUCCAUGUGUUUGAAGUCCACUGCAUCCUUUGAUGAUUCCACUCAGCGCUGUUCAGACAUUGAGCUUCUUCUUCCUCAUUCUGUUAUAUAACCUCAGUGAGACUUGUACCACCCCAACUUGAAGCAUCUCCGCCACCAGCUGCUGUCGACUUUGAUUCGCCGCCUCCUGAUGGAUGCGCUGCCUCUUCUAUGAUCCAUCACUAACAGAGGAAGAAGCGGGGAGUACAUCUUCAUUUAUCAUGCCUCUGGACUUCAGAGCCAAACUUUUUAAUACUUUUCCAGCAUGUGGACGUUAUGUACUCCACUUUUGAGCCCAAUGUAUUUAUUCAUGAUCGCAGACUCCUCCAUAAAUCUUCUUUUUGGGGAUAAAUCUCCAGUGAAGAGCGAAUCUGCGCUGAUCCUGGCCUCGGGGGCAGCUGCAGACAAUCCGCUGCUCAGUUCUCGAUGCUUGAUGCAGCAUUAUGCAACCAGUUGUUGUGUAACGCUUCUGUAUGUUUGUAAUGUGAUUUUCUCCUCUCAAAGAGACACCAGUCAUGGGGUUAAACUUGUUAGCGAGUGACCAUGGUUUCCCCUCAGCGGGAACAGCCUCAAGAUGCGCUCCUUGACCCUGAUUGGGUCAAGUGACCAGAGAGCCCGUCUGCCAGCCCCCCUUUCUCCCUCCCUCCCCUAUUAACUCCCUUAAAAGGGCUGCUGUUGUCCUUGUGACGGACUGAAGGUGGACAGCCUGACAGAUGUUUCUAGCUCUCAGAUUUAGAUGUCAGUUGUUGCCUCUGAGCUCAAAAUAACUCAGUUUAGCUUCGUUCUUUUUUGACUUGUCUUCAAAUGUAGUAACUUUUCCUGUGCUCACUUCAUGGUGGAUUUCUUGAUAUUUCUUUCCUCCUCCACCAGAAAAUGCUAUAACUAUUCUGUCAGGUCCUGGUUUUGGUCCACUGGAUUUUCUCUUUAUCUGCUCUUGUCAAAGAUGUACUUUUCUCCUGAAAAAUCUCAGCGUUGAACCGCUGCCAGGCCCCCCCACUCCUCUCUCAAUCUGUAGUCCUACUUAGAGGCCAUCAGGCUUCCUGCUUUUUAUAGACGCAGUGUAGGCUGUCUCCCAAGAGAUCACAGGAUGUCGACCUACCUGGCCGGCUCCCAUUGUCUUUAUUAACUGAACAGCCUCAAGGUUACUUCUGUUCAUAUACCAUCUGAAGCUCAUCCAGGCUGUAAAGUUAACAUUAAAGCUUCAGUUUGAUUCAUGACACGCCUGAAAGUUCAGUUUAUAGACUGACAGUAUAUAUACCUGGUGUUAUAUAUCCAUUCUAUGUCUAAAAUUGAGCAUAUCGUUCGAGUGAUGUGAAAGCUCAUCUGAACUCUUGAGCAGACCAUUUGAGCUCCGUUUGGUUUGUUUGAGGUGUGACAGCAAAGAGGACCAACUUAAAAACCAAAGGCAGCAUCUGUGUGUCGACACCAUGGCUGCAUAAAAUCUCUCGCUCUCAUCAGGAAUUGCUUUCUUCUUCUGCACUGAUUUAUUUGUCUCAUGUAAAGGACAUCAUACUGGACAGCUGAUGCUCACACUCAUGCAGAUGGCGAGAUGCUCUCUUUGUAGCCUGUUCCUCAGGUCAGACGUCACCUAGAAAUUUUCGCUGUUACCCACACUUUCUUGCCGCUUAAGGAGCUACGUCGUUACGUUUACUUACUUACGAAUGUAAGCAAGGACAAGGCAAGUGCUAAAAUAACUUUCGUAGAUCAUCUUGUUUCCACCUCCGAUUUUGCUUUAUUCUGACUUGGUAACUGAAACGCUGGUAACUCGGGUGUGACGUCAUUUCCAGCUCCGACAUCUGACUUUUGAGCUUGAAUGUAAAGCUGCAUUCGGGUUACCUAGUUGGAGUUGAACAUUAUGUCACACCCGAUUCCCAACAUUUUAGUUACCAAGUCGGAAAAAAGCAAAAUCGGAGGCCUGAAAAAAGAUGGCUACGCAAAGGUUAACUUAGUGCUUGCCUUAUAUUCCGACAAAGCUAGCCCUAAAAUAACUUUCGUAGUGUCGCCAUCUUGUUUCCGCCUCUGAUUUAGCUUUUUUCCGACGUGGAAACUGAAACACUGGUAACCUGGGUGUGACGUCAUUUUCAGCUCGGACUUCUGACUUCCACAGGGUUCGAUGCGUUCGUUGAUGACUCAAAACAAGUUGAAAAUUACGUUGUGUGUUGUUGCGCUCACACAGUGCAAGUAAAAAUCAUUAUUGGCGCAUUGGUAUUAAUGAUCAUGUGAAAUUUCAGUGGCGGCGCUUGCACCACCGUUGCUGAAUGAAUGUAGGGGAAACACUGUGUAUGUCUUAAUGAUGAUCAGAGGAGUAACACAUAGAGGUGUGCAGGGAUGGUGUUUUUUGAACUUCAUUAAUAACGACAAUUUUAUUCUGAUGACACGUUUGUUGCAUGUUCAAACACAUCUCAGUCAGAUCUAAUGACACCUUGUCAAUCAGUUAAUCCCGUUUGCUGGAGGCUUCUUCAGAAAUAACAGAAAAUAAAGUCUCUUUUUAAAGUAUUGUGUCAAAGUUUAAAUUCCUCUUUGGUGACAGCUGUUUGCUGACGGCCAACAACACAGACUCAAACUCUUGGUUUGAAAUAAAGCUUGAAAUCCAGUCGAACAUAAACUCAGACACUGAGUCAUCUUCUUCCCAUUUGGUUUCACUUUCUUGGACCUCUGUUCACAAAUCAUCUCAAUGAGUAACAUGCCCGCGCUCAAACAAGGCAGAAUAUGACUGUCGCCGCGCUCCUUUGGAGCCAGGAUUUCUAAAGGAUAUCGAGAUUUCAAGAACAGUUUCGGAAAUGAUGGUCCACUCUGUGGCUUAUCAGAUCUUCUUGUGCUCCUCUUCAGCUCGCAGCCUCUUGGUUAAUUUAGUCUCUUUCCUGCAGUCUCUCAGCAGCCAAGCUUUUAGACACAGAUGUCCUCUUUCACCGCGUUGAGAGCUCGAGGCAAUCUUGGAGCUUUUCUAGUGGUGUCAGGAAGUGAGCGAUGAUGUAGAACAAAAAAAAAGAAAUCUAUAAGAUCAGCUGAAGUUCUGGCUCCGUCCCCGGUAAACGUCUCGAAUCACUGUUUAUAUAGUCCAGCACAGUUAACGCUCAGCUGACGACUCGACGGAUCACGCUGCGGCACAUUUCAGCCCCGUCUCGUGUUCCAGCCAGGUGUCAACAAGACAAUACAGGCCUGUUUUCACUGCUGCGCCACAUGCAGCUUAUAGCUUAGACAUAUUGACCCACUUAAGCUGCUGAGGCCUGUGUGUGCUUUCAGCCUCUAUUUCACUGUUAAAUUGACAGAGUUUUGGCUCAAAAACGGAGCAGAACAAGUGCUUUACAACUCCCUCUAGUGUUUAGACAAACUGACAGAAUAAAUUGAUGUCAUCUUUCCCUCUUUAGUGCUGUAAACUAUGACUCACGCUGACAAAAGUUUGUAUUCUCCUUGUUUUUUUCUCAUUGGCACGAACUACCCCAAUGUACAACCACGUUUGUGAACAGCUUGAACUCCAUGUUCACAUGAAAGAAGAGCAAAGACAACAUAUCAGCUGAUUGAAAUCUGGUUCUGCAAUUCUCAUUUGAAUUUGAGCACCACAUUUCAAAAGAGUUAACCCAGGAGAUUGUUGACCUUUGCUUUGAGGUUCAGAAGUGACAUGUCUGAUAUGAGAUUUCUCCUGCUAAGUACCUCAGGAAGUCUUUUGUCGGGACUCCAAGCAGACUGGUGUACUGAAAAAGACAUCAGAGGGAUGACAGCAUAUGUUGCCCAAAACUUCACCAUUGAUGAUGCCCUCCCACAUGUACAUGUUACCCUAAAGCAUCCCCAUACUUCAGGCCCACUGUCCUGCAUGUGUUGGAUGUUUCCCUGCUCCAGCACACCUGAUUCAAAUGAUCAGCUCGUUAUUAAGCCAUUACAGAGCUUGAUAACGAGCUGAUCAUUUGAAUCAGGUGUGUUGGAGCAGAACAUCCAACACAUGCAGGACAGUGGGCCUCAAGGACUGGACUUGAGGACCACUGCUUUAAAGGAUACUUGCUUUUGUGCAGUGCGCUGAAACCAAUCCAGGCGGUCCUUCUCUUCUUUAGAGAUGAGGAUGGGGCAGCCAUGAUUUCCAAAAAGAGAGUCAUAUUUUGACAUAACAGUUUUUCGCUUUCUCCUAGUCCAUUUCUUAUGACCUUUAAGUUGCAGGCAUUUACCACAACACAUUAGUUUAAUACCUUAAAUUGUUUGUUUAUUUAUCAUCCCAUCUGUAUAUUUCGCAUUUCAUAUUUAUUACUCAUUUCAAAAGCCCACUUUUUUCACACCUCACUUUUUUCUCUUGGGAUGUUUAGUAUAUUUAGUCUGCAUUGUACAUACCUCUUCUUAUAUUUAAUUUUAUUUUGUGUUUUUUGCUGCUGUAACAUCAGAAUUUCCCCGUUUGGGAUCAAUAAAGUAUAUCUAUCUAACUAUCUAUCUAUCUAUUUCUGGAUGGUGGUUUUUGAGCCCAUGCAGUGAUUUCCACUACAGAGCUGUCAGUUUUUAAAGCAGUGACACAUGAAGGCCCAAAGAUCUCUGUAUUGAUUUCCAGUACUGUCCCUUUUGCACAGGGAUUUCACCAGAUCCCUGAUCCUUGUAAUGUUGUUGUCUUUCCUCCAUGGUCAAUCAAAUGUAGGCUUUAAAUGAUUUGCUUACACAUCCAAACCUUGAUGGAAGUGGGAUCAUACAGCGACAUUCCCGUCCCUCUCUCUGCUCAUUCCUCAUUCCUUCGCUCUCUGAGGGUUCAGUGUUACAGCCGGCAGUUCAUCCUUAAGCGGCAGGUAAUCCUCUCGUGCCACUUCUAACAGUAUCACUCUCACUUGUCACUCACCAGGGGUGGACAUCGAGGCAGCCCGUAAAGAGGAGGAGCGGAUCAUGCUGAGGGACGCCCGGCAGUGGCUCAACAGUGGCCAGAUCCAGGACGUCCGGCACGCCAAGUCCGGGGGAACGUCGCUCCACGUAGCUGCUGCUAAAGGAUACGUGGAGGUUUUAAAGUAAGCACUGGUUUUGAUUUCACAGGUAGAAGACUGAGUCACUAUCUCAGUAUCUCCUGCCGUUUACGUGAUAUAAAAGCUAUUUAUAAAUAAGACAGUUGAGUCUUAGCAUUGCAGUUUCCCGUGGUUUCUGCAUCAUGUCAAAGUGUUGUUCUGACAGUUUCUGUGGGCUGUUAAUAUGGCUCCACAGCUCGGGGAAAGGAACCUCAGCCGCCUGUCCAUCUGCUCUGGGAAACCAGCCAGUACACUCUCCUGCCAUAGAUAGCUCUAAGAUCUCUCAUGUUGAGUGCGGCCGCCUUGUAUAAGCUACAGAUCUCAAAGUUGAACAAGUCACGGCUAAAACAUCGGAGUUUUCAAAUCUGCAAAUCUCAUCCUGCUCUUGUUUAGGGAUGACUAAGAUUUUCAGAUUACACGUCCACGUGUUUAGAGGUUGUAUCUCAUAAAUCUGAUCUGCGGCCACAACGCUGACGCACUUGUAAAAGCCUGGACUCUGGCAGCACUUUAGAAGAUUAGUUCAUAGAAUUAAACCCCCAGAAAACUGAGAAAUAGUCGCUAAUUCUGGGAGAAACUCAUUUUGUUUUCCCUUUCCCUCCACUCUGCAGGCUUUUAAUCCAAGCAGGGUAUGAUGUAAAUAUUAAGGACUAUGAUGGCUGGACUCCUCUACAUGCAGCUGCACACUGGGGGAAAGAGGAGGCCUGUAAGAUACUGGUGGAGAACCUGUGUGACAUGGACCUCAUUAAUAAAAUGGUGAGUUAUGAAUCCUGUCAAAAAUCCUGUCAUUACGCUCAGAGCGGCUCAUUUAUCAGAUAACUUUGACCGACUUUCUUCCUACAGGGCCAGACGGCUUUUGAUGUAGCAGAUGAAGACGUUCUGGGAUACUUAGAAGAACUACAGAAGAAACAAAAUCUGGUGAGUGGAUGAGGCUGCAGCAGCUGUUUUUGAUGCUAGAAUGUGUUUUUCUGUCUCUUCCCUUUUUAAAAAUAUCUGUUUUUCCUCGCUACAGCUGAUGGGUGACAAGAAAGAUGUUAAGAAAUCUCCUAUAAUUGAAACAACGACCACCGGGGACAACAACCAAUCACUGAAACCACUCAAGAGGUAAAACGCCUGAUUAUAUUUUAUGACAAAUUCAUAAAAAUCAGCUCUACUGUGAUGGUUUUUUAACGUGUUUGAAUGUGUUCUUCAGCAAAGAGACGCUGCUCCUAGAACCGGAGAAGAGCGCCCCACGCAUCGAGACCUUAGAACCGGAGAAGGUGGAUGAAGAGGAGGAGGGGAAGAAGGACGAAUCAAGCUGCUCCAGUGAGGAAGAGGAUGAUGAAGACUCAGAAUCAGAGACUGAAGCAGGUACUUUGCACGGGCGUUUGUGUGAGUUAUUUUUAGACUCGUUCGUAUUUGAAGUCGGAAGCGACCGCUCCUUCGCCCGUUUUCAUCGUCUUUUUCCUCCCUUCUGAAAAUCUCUCCAGACAAAACCAAGCCUGCGGCAUCAGUGAGCAACAGCACGGCGCCCACCUCCGCCACCAUCACCGUGACCUCUCCAGCAAGCCCUACAAACCAGGUGACGACCCCCACUUCACCAGUUAAGAAGGUAUGAUCUGGUGGAUGAUUUUCCAUCACCUGACUCUGCGCAGACAGCUGCUGCAGUGCUGGCAGGUUUCUCUCUCAAAUAAGCAGCGGUUGAUUGGUUUCAAACAAACCCAAUCAUGUCAUAGUCGACAACUCCUUUCCCGCACAUGAAACAAAGGAAACCAAUCGCGGUUAUUAUGUACACAAAUCAGUAAAUUUCAUAAUCAGCUUGAACACAAACUUAAUUUCACAGGCGGCUGGUUGCACUUUGGGGUUUGGAUAAAUUAUAUUUUCGUUCGGUUUUCACGCUAACAGACGGAAAGUCUCUCUUGGGUUUGAUUUACUCCUCAUGUUGCAGCGCAGUGAGCGUGUACAGCCAACUUACAGCCGCAUUUUUACGGCGCUGAACAAACAAAGCAAUCAGUUGUUCAGCUGGGAUGGUUGGCGGGAAAUCUCAGUUAGUGUGAGCAUUUACUGUGAGAGUUUAGGCUUCAUGGGACUAUUAGAGUCAUAGGAAUGAAACCGGCCUUUUCCCACUUUUGAGUCUGCUGCCCUCUGGUGGGGAAACGAGGCCAAGCAUUCAGCUUUUCUGAGGAUCCUGUCUCCUGCUUUCGGUUUAACAUAUAGCCUAUAUGGCAUUAUUUUCAACCCUCUUAACCCCUUUUAAAUCAAUCUAUCAAUAAACCUUUAUUUAUCUGAGUAGCUCAAAUCCUCUACACACUCAGAGCAGGUCGAAACCCUCUACCCUCAGUUAUAUUAUGCACUAUAAAGCAGCAUUAAUCCACCAACAGCAAAACCCUCAGCAACAUCAAGGACAAUCUUCAUUUUAACAGGAUGAAACCUUAAGCAGAACCAGACUGGUGCUCAAUUGACUUUUCAAAAGACUGUGUUCAGCUCAGAAAUGGGCUUAGAAGGAGAUACAGCGAGAAAGACAGGAGCAGAGACAGACGAAAACAACAACAGCUCACACAGACUGAUGGCUGCUGCGCCAAUAAUAAUGGUCAAAGAAUGUGUAACAUUUGCAGAAGCAGCAAAUUAAUGAAAAUGGACAGGGCAUAAUAUUUAUGAGAGUGAAAGUCAACAGGUCGGAUAUUAGCAUUAAUAAUAAUAAUAAUAAUGCUAUUUUUAAGAUAAUAAGCCAUGAAUGUGCAAGAAUUUCUAGUUCUGUGACAAACUGUCAUUAAAAUAAAGCUUUUUUUUUACCUAUGGAGUUAAUAAGUAAAUUAGAAAAUAAAGAUUUAAAGAACAGUUAGAAAUUAAGGUUCACUAAAUACUUAAAAAAAGAAAAACUUACUUCAAUCAUGCACCAAUAAAUGACUGAUCAGGUCCUUUUUUGGAUAACAUCGAGCCUUAAAACUGAUUCAGGUUAGACUUCAGGAGAGCACAUUACUGAUUUAGAAUAGAGUGGAAAAAGUUUCAAUUAUUUAUUUUGAAAGAGUAAACUUUGAUAUUUUCUGUUCUCACUGGAAGCGAAGUGAAAUAUUUCAAGCCUUUGUCUUGUUUUCAGUUUUGAUGAUUGAGGUUUAUUUGGAUCAUCGUUUAAAUAUGAGAAUGGACUUGUUGGAACAAAAAAACAAAAACAUUAAGUACUUUGUCAGCACCGUCUUUGGCAACUCCUAUCGGAAAUAAACUCUUAAUUUGUCAUUCAGACACCACCUGGCUGCACAUCAUUUGACACUCCUGAAUGUGGCCUGAUAAAGAAGUCGUCAUUCUGGUCUUUCUUUCUGAAUUUGCUCCCUCCAGUCAGUGUCCUGCAAUCCACGUCCUCCUGCCUUUAGACUUCCUGAAUGUUUCAUUGUUUCUGCUUCUUUUCGUGCAAAUAUCUUCUUGUUUCAGUCCUUCUUUGAGGCCUAGAGCUGCUCACACAACACAAUGUCUUCUGUCUUAACAAGAGUGAGCGAACAUAUUAACAUUACCCAGUGUUCAUGCUGUAGGACAAUAACGGCAGUAAGCAUUGUGUGGUGUGACUAGGCCUGUUAAAGAACCUGUCUUUGCUAUACAGUGUGUUUCUUUUGCUGCUGCUGCUUCUUCUGUUUUAUUCUGGCUUUUUCUCUGUCUCAUCUUCCCUCCUUCCUCCUCCCUGUGUUCCUCUCUGUCCCCCGCGUCUUGUCUUGGUUGGCUUUAGUCUGAUUGUAUUACCCCCCUCAUGCCUGUGGCGGAGCCAGGCUGUCCUGCAUUGUGGCGUCAAGGCUUGCGCAAAACUGGCAUUUCUCUAGUGCCCAAAAAACCUAUGGUGAGGCGUUUGCUGUGCACCGGUGUUGUCCUCUCAUCCUUACAUGCACCUGUGCACUGACAAAGUACUGAGCACCCCCAUGUCUAACCACCCUGGUCUGAUCCAGGUGAUGCUGACUCUCACUUGUCCACCGUCAUGGUGUUUUUUCCACCUAAAUGUCACAAAAUGAACCGUCCUGAUUGUGCUUUCACCAUGUGUCUGCGUUGCUUCUGUGCUUUUUUAAGUUGCCUGUCAUGUUUUGAUAGUUAGUUUUAAAAAUGUACAUGAAAAAAACCAAAAGUUUUAGUUUGACUUGUAGUUAAUGUGAUUGUGGACCUUUUAACAAGCAUGCCCUACCUCCAAAAUGGCGUCUUAAUAACAUAAACCGAACCCUCUGUGGAGAUUAAUUUGACCUCUAUGUGUCACUCACCAAGACAAGUAAAGAUCCCUUUCAAGAAAUUCUACAAAUCAAGAGCUUUUUGCAUUAAACCGUAACUCUCUCUUCCCCCCAGGUUACUCAGCCCGCUUCAAAAGUCUCCGCUAAAGUCGAGGACGACAGGAAGGACGAGUCCCCAGCGUCAUGGCGGCUAGGUCUGAGGAAGACAGGCAGCUACGGGGCGCUAGCGGAGAUCACAGCCACCAAGGAGGCCCAGAGGGAGAAGGACACGACCGGGGUGAUGCGCUCGGCCUCCAGCCCUCGCCUCUCCUCCUCCCUGGACAAUAAAGAGAAAGAGAAGGUCAGCUGUCACAUAGUAUCAUAGUUGUUAAAAUAAUCUAAUGCGUCACGAAGCCUGCUUGGUCUCCAGGGUGUCACAUACCGGAUUAGUCAAGAUAUUUAAGCUGCUACUUGGACGGUCGUGAAAUGUAUAGACAGGGAUUAACCAUUUAUUCACAUUUUAUUUGUAUUUUUAAGGGUAGCAUCAGCUUUGAAAAUAAAACUGCAAAAAAAGCCCAGCACUUUCUUUACAGACUGAGAUGAAUCAGCCGAUCAUUGAUGUGGAUUAGUGCCAAAGUACACAGAGACACAAAGAGGACAAACCAGGAAGUAAACAGAAAAAAGAUCCAUAAAAAGAAAGUCAAUGUUGAUGAAAAAUUUAGCAAAAUGUGCGGGGGAAAAAAAUUCUGGGGGAAGACUCCAAGUUUUGAUAUGCUAUCUCAAAACUUUUCCCAUAAAUGGUCAGUAACAUUAGUCAUGUUUGUCUCUGUGUCCGCAGGAGAAGGAUAAAGGGACCCGGCUCGCCUACGUGGCCCCCACCAUCCCCAGGAGACUGGCCAGUACUUCGGACAUCGACGAGAAGGAAAACAGGUUAGCCGAGCAGCUCUGUGUAAACACGUCUAAGCAUGAGCGGCACCUGCUGCCCACUGCUGUGUGUUUCUGGCAAAGGCCACAAUGCUCUGCAUGGCAUGUGUGGCACUAAGUCACUGCCUUUAGUCAGGAUGUGGUAGAACCAAAACAUCCUCUUUAAAAACACUUAGAUGUAAUUUAGGGUAUGAAAAGAAUCAUAAUCUGAGAAGAACAUAUCGCAGUUCCCUUUGUGUUGUGGAAGCUUGGGGUACAAUUAUAGCUUGUGGUUCUCCAGGGACUCAACCCCUCUGAUACGUAGUGGCUCAUACACCCGGCGACGCUGGGAUGACGACCUGAAGAACAGUGAAGGAAGCACCACCACCAACCGAACCCCCAGCUACCAGCGCAGGUCAGCAUCUGCUGCGACACAAACCCUCAUCCCUCUUUGUCAUCAUCAUCAUCAUCAGAUCCCUGUCCGUCUGAUCUGAUUUAUCGUCUCAUUAUGAAGUCAGCGAGCUCUGAAAUCACUGUGCAGACAGACAGCACUGAUGGUUAUUUAUCAGUCUGUGCUGUACAGAGAUAUGUGCGUACAUGCUUUGAUGCACAGCAGAAGAAAACAAUGCAGGAACGCCUUCCUCUAUCACUGCCACAGAGUCUGUUGCAUGACUGUACCUGUCCUGUCAGGUUGCUGUGCCAGUGAGUUUACAAUGUAUUAUUCAAAAAUUUUUACAAGCCUCGCUACCUGUCUGACUAUCAAAUAAAUCAAAUUGAUCACGGCACAGAACCUAGCGAUGGACUCCAGCUGCAUGCAUGUCAUAUGAGAAAAAUACCGUCUGCAAACUUCUAAAAAAAAAAAAAAAAAUACAUUUUUACUUUCUUUGCUGUAAAAGUGUCUUGGGAACAAAAUGUUGGUAUUUCUUAAACAUUACAAAAAAUUAUAUAUAUAUUUAAAAUUCAAAUGAAAUCUACAAAAAUUCAAAUAUUGUGGAAGCAACUUUUUGGAAUCCUUUUUUAAUGUUUUCCUUCAUUCCCCUAACAACAAAACAGAAAAAUCAACAACUUUUAAGUCAAAAGCCAUUUACAAAAAUGUUUUUAAGGUUUUUUCUCUGAGUUUUAAACUAAAAAAUUAACAAAAAUGAAAAAAUCUUUUUGCUGUUUCAUCAGUUUUUUUUUAUUUUAGACUUUCAAAAUUAAAGCUGAAAAUACAUUUAAGUUGUUAGAGCUACUUACAAACUUUUAAAAACAAAAAAUAUCAAAGUAAACAAAGUUCUUUUUAUUUAUUUAUUUUUUUUAAUUUAAAUUUGUAUAGAGCUUUACUUUCUUCUUUAUUUACACUUGUCUCAUACAACCCCAAAAUUGUUGACAGGAAAAAAAAUCAACAUCUUUAAGUUGCUUCAUGAACUUUGGGCCCAAUAUUUUUUACCUUUUUUGUUUCAAAUCGAUCAAGCUCGUUUUGUUCUGGUUAAAAUUUCAGACAAAAAUCACCAAAAACCUGAAUUUGAGAUAUUCCCAAACUCCUCUCAGCCACCCUGAUAUUUUGUCUACGUCUCAUAAGCAGCUCUUUCCAUAUGACAUGAAUGCAGCGAUAGUGUGAAAAGCUUUUAGUCUUGAAUAUAAAUGUUUCUUUUUACUGUAUCUGUGUGUGUUUGUGUGUGCGCCUCCACUGCUAACAUGCCUCUCUCGCCCACCCGCCUGCCAACACACCAGCACGUCCCACACGCUAGCACUAGGGCGGAGUGGCAGCACGCGGGACGUGCCGGCCAAGUCUUCGUCCACCUCCAGCUUGGACCCUAACACCUGUAAUACUAAACCCUGGCAGCCACCCUCCUCCCACUACCAGUCUUACAGCAUUUACCGCAGGUACACCAGCCUCACGGGGGCUCCACCGUCUCUACACCCACCUGUCCUCUCUGAAAGUGUGUCUCUGUGCUGCUCCAGUUCUCACUGAGUGUUCCGUGUCUCUCUUGUUACCUGUAACAUCAAAAUGAUUUUUACUGGAACCAGUUACAGAACAAACAGCUUAUAUAAACAGCAGGGUGGAUAAUUACCUUUCUAUAUCUGAACAGCCACUCUUAGCACUAAUGUUAGACAAACUUAACACUUAACCCUUUUCAUAACCCCCAAAAUACACUAAUCCAAGGUGCCGCCACAGAUAGGGAGUUAGCUACUUUCAAAAAACAACAGCUAUCAUCACAGGAACAUAAAAGCAUUUUCCUUUUAUUGUAUUAAGACUCAACUUUAUAGGCUUGGUUUGUUUACAGCACACACAGAUCGGUCAUUAUCAUCAUCUGAGAACCAUAAACACUGUACUCAAACUGACUAAUACCCAAUCACAACAUCCACCUUAGAGCCCGAGUACUAAGAUGUGUGUUGUGUGAGUUCACGAAGGCUGGAGGGCUAGGGGUAGGGAUAUGAAAAUAAGGAAUGAGACACUUUGAAGGCAUUACACGCCACCUGGAAACAGACUGUACUGUUAAAAAAGCCGAUCUUCAGCACAGACUGAGGUGUCUGACAAGAUAAACCCAACAGCAUGGUCAGAUCGUCUUCAGCUCCAUAUUUAUUUUAAGAAUUGACGAGUGUGCUUCAGUCUGACAGAAUGUCAACAUGGGAGAAUAUGUCUCACAUUUUACAAGCAAUCGUAGUCCAGAACACUUAUAGCACUGUCAUUCUUCACAUGUCUUUAAUUGUAGGCUGAUUUAGAGUCUCUGAUCUACAUUAUCAUACAUUAAUGAUCCCUUAAUCCCUUUUUGAACAUUUAACUCAAAAACUUAAGAACUACAGUGGAGUUUUGGGGCCUCCAUGUAAAGAAAAAGAAUCAAAUUUUCAAGAUUCAACUUGUAAAUUUAGAGGUCAUCAAUUUACAAGUAUUAGAAUUUAAACGUAUUUAUAAAGAUGUAAAUUUGCAUUGACAAAGAUAUAAUAUAAUAACACAAGUUGAUAUGUCAGAUAGAAAGGAGGACCAAAGAAAGCAGCCUGUAGUUUGUGUGUUUGAUGUCUGACAUUUCUCCCUGUAGCGGCUCUUUCGGCAGACGACACGAGGAUCUGAGUUCCUCGACCACUUCCUCCUCCUCUACGACCACCACCACCUCCUCAUCUGUUACCUCGCCCACUGGCCACCGCGGCCUGCUCUCCAGUCUGGGCUCCUCCUCCACCCGCACUGGCUCCACCAGUCUCACCAGCAGGUACAUCACCAAGCCUCGAUGCUUUUAUUCAGGCUGUUUGGAUCGCGAUGACAGACGAAUGAUCCCCUUAAAUAUGUGAAACAAAACAGAUUUCUAACUAACUCACAGUCCGACACACAGACACAAAAACGUACAAAGACAAACUUCAGAGUGAACUGGAUAUUGAUUGAGAGAUGCUGCCGAGUCCCAACUCUAAAUUGACUGCCUUAAGAUGUGUUGUUCACUUUAAAAGCCGUCCUUUCCAUCAAGAUGAAUGAUUCAAGUGUUGAAAAUGGACCCUGUAUGAUUGUUUUUCUGUGAAAUGUUUGAAUCGAUCAGGUACUGGUCAGAGGAGAGUGCAGAGAGGGAAAAGGAGAGGGAGAAGGAGUCUGCUGCGGUCAUCCCCACUAUAAACACUGGCUCAACUACAACCACAACAUCCACCACUACCACCGCCAUAUCUACCACUACCACCACUGGCACUGGCACUGGCCCAGAGAGACGCAGGUAACACAAUCCCACAUACUCUUCACUGACAGAUAUCAACCUUGAUAUAAAUUUUGUUUCUAAAUACACAAAUGCAGAUCCAAACUGUACCACACAAAGCUGAAAUCAUACACAAACAAAAUCAAUAUGUGCCAGCAAAAUAGGGCUGGGCGAUAUGGCCUCAAAUCAGUAUCACGAUAUAUCGAGCAGUUCACCUCGAUAACGAUAAUGGACAAUAACUACUCCACAAUCUGCUCACCCCCUCCCACAUUAACUUUGUCUACUGGAUGAGGUAGAGUCACAUCUCCGACGUAGGGCAGCUUUUGAACCGUCCUCCAUCUCCUCACCUGUCUUUCCCUCUUUGUUAAAUCGAAUCUAUUGACAUGGGCAAAAUUGACAUGGGCAAAAUGACGUUGGUUAUAAAUUUUCGGUAUCAGUAGAUUUUCGGUCAUCGCCCAGCACUACAGCAACGUCUAUACACACCCCAUGUACACUGUACAGAGUCCUCCUUACAGCGGUCGCAGGGUCAACUCCCAGCCAUAACUAUGUGCUGCAUGUCUUCUCCCACUUUCUACACCCCACUGCUCCUUACAUACAAAAGAAUAUGCUGUAACAAGGUAUCCGCUGGGUGUUAAAAAGUCUUAAAAUGUCUAAAAUACAAUUUAGAAAGGUCUUAAAUAUAUUAACUCUACUUCCAGAUAAAUAAGAUGCCAUAGGAAUAAAAAUUGAUUUGAAAUAAUGUUAAAUGUUAUGAUUAAUUUUUUUCAUGACUGUCUAACUUUUUUGCCAGUAUGGAUGUAAAAUGGGUUACGCAUUUCAUUCUUUAAAAAGUCUUAAAUUUGACAUGUUGAAACCUGCAGAGGCUCUGUAUAAAAGGUUUCAGUGCAACAUAUGCUGCCAUCCACAUGCCAACAUAUGCAGCUUUUUUUCAGGCAAGACCUUGUAUAAUAUAACAAGAAGAUGCCGAACCACAUUCAGCACAUUUUAUAUUACAUUAUAUUAGGAGUGGAUGAAAAAAUCAAUUUACAUAAGUAUAAUGAUUUUUUGUUUUAAAAUUUUUUAAACGAUUUUUAUAUUCAAAAAUCUAUUUUUUAUAUUUUUCGAAUUUAAGAAAAAAUCCUAAAAACUGACUUACAUGUGAUGUGUAUGUUUUAGAGAUAUGUGGUUCCUGGAGUAGUCAGUAUACAAUCGUAAUCGUUUAACUGAUUUAGCGGUGUUAAAAAUGCACACUUAAAAUCGACAAAAUUGUAGAAUCACAAUUGAAAUGGAAUCGGCAUCCAAAAAAAUCAUAGAGGAAUUGAAUCCAGAGAAAAACAUAUUGUCCCAGCCCUACAGUAUAUACACAACAGGUGUAUUUGAGGAGUUGUGCAGUAAUGCAGGAAUGUGUGAGACGAUAGAAUGCAGAAAAACAGUAUGCAGUCUAACCAGGAUGAGCAUCAACCUUCACAGUUAAAACAGUAAUACGGAUGCAUUUCUCUGUUUGAGUAAAAGGUGUGUGUGUGUUUGUAUGUGUGUGUGUGAUCUCCCAUUAUCUACACACUGUGGAAGGAGAGGGGGAGAGUUUGUCGCAGGAAGCGCAUGUUUUCACGUGUGUGAGAGAGCGGGGUCGAGUGUGUGUGUCUUCCUGGUGCCGCGCUGAAAUAAGCCACCUGUCAGUGUGGGAGUGUUUCGGAGCCUGAAGCGCUCCAGCGACUUCUCCUUAUAAGGACGGUGGGCAGAAGCCGCGCAUUUUCCUCAAGGCUAAAGCUCCAUUCUGCGCCCAGUGAGUUCAUACUUGUGUGUGGCCAACAGAGGCAGAGGCACACUGAGAGACAGAGCUGGAAUAGCUCACUGUUUUGGUUCCCAAACUUCUACCGCCUGUUUGAGCCUGAUACUGUUAUAGCCAAGAGGCUGAACAUCCUGUUUUGCCACAGUUACUUGAAAACUCUCUUUUUUAUCUACACUUCAUGCUGGAAACACAAACAUUUUCUAGGAAUAUCUUGCCUUACUUACAUCCUCAUAGCAGAGAAAUUCUGAUACACUGAUAUUUGUGACACACAUGGCUGCAACUAGGAAGCACUGAUUUCCUUGUUCUGUUUGGGGAAUCUAAACACUGACUAAUCCAGAGUUCAGUAACCCUGAGAAGAGAGUCAAAAUUGUGUUUUUUGGCAUGGGAUUACGAAGUAGUAUCAUAUUGAUCCAAAACAAACAAACUCUUCUGCUUUUGUGUUGAUUUUUUUUUUACUCUCUUAGGUCAUACCUGACGCCGGUGCGAGACGAGGAGUCAGAGUCCCAGAGGAAAGCACGCUCCAGACAGGCUCGACAGUCAAGAAGGUCCACCCAGGUAUGAACCUCACAUUCAUAUACCGUCUUGUGAACUUGUAUAUUUGUUGCACUUUUGUAUAGUACACUUUUUAGAUGACAAAAGAGGUACAAAUGUGGGGCUUGAGCGCCUCAUUGGACACUUCUUAUAUCAUUUUAGUUUCUAACUCAGCGAGACUCUAACGACAAUGACCUGUAGGCGCCAAGAGUUUGCUCCAUGAUUUUUAUAGCCAUACACUGUUUGCAUAAAUGUCGUCAUGCAGGUUGAGUGUUGUGUACACAGCUAGUACUUAAUGUUUGACUUGUUCAGAGAGUUUAACAUUUUACAAGCUGACACAAUUUGAGGGCUGUCUCCUCCUGCAUAAACUCUUCCAGAGAGUUACAGUGAAGUUAAACACUGUUGAGCAUCAAUUUGACUGUUUUUACUGCACGAUGAAUCCAAGAGGGUUAGAUGAAUUCUUAACGGUGUAUUUCUCUCGUCGUCCAGGGCGUGACUCUGACUGACCUGCAAGAGGCCGAGAAAACAAUCGGCCGGAGUCGCCCCCAGAAGACCCGAGAGGAGGAGAAAGAGGAGAAGGAGAAGCAGGACAAGGAGAAGCAGGAGGACAAGAAGGAGACGGAGACAAAGGAGGACGAUUACCGGUCAAAGUACCGCAGCUAUGAAGAGGUAUGUUUCUGCUCUGGACUUCUGCUCUAGCACAAGAACAUCCACAACAUGUCUUAACGUUUCUUUGUCUUAUGUCUCCCCAUUAGCGCUACCGGCCUUCGUCUUCCUCCUCGGCCUCCACUAUUUCCACGGUCACUGCCUCCACCCCGUCCUACUCUAGCACCACACUGUCCUCCAGUUCGAGUUCUCUCAACAGGCCCAACAGUCUGACAGGGAUCACCUCGUCCUACAGCCGCUCAUCCAGAGACACAGAAAAAGGUCGGUAUUGAAAACAGCGUCUGAUUUGGAGUGAAAACACAAGAUUGGUUUAAUCACUUUUUGUCACACCACCUUAAAUUGUCCUUUAAAAUCUUAAUAUUUAGUCCCAGCUCGUGGAUGCGCGACUGCUUUACUCCCCUGAAUGCUGAUCCCUUUCCUCAGGUUCUACAUUGGCAUGGGAAAACUUUAGAGUUGUAAAGCAGUCAGAACUGCCUCCAGUUGAAGUAGCUGCCCUCUUAACCAGUAAAUCCAUUCAAAACAUCCCUGGGAAAAUACUGAAGGACAAGGAAACACUGACUGCUUUGUUGCUCCAUGACCAAAUCCUGUUUUUAUUUCCCUUUGAAGCAGAGCCAAGUCCAGUUGUUGUCAUGUUGGUGCCUUUUGAAAGUGAAAGCACAGCCAGUUUUAGCCUGAACUUUUCCCCUUUGCCCUCCAUGUGAGAAACAGAAUGUAGUCAUCAUUUAGACACACAAAAACUGCACGUUUUAUAGUAGGAACAAUAAAUUAGUAUUAGAUAUUAACAUGAGCAGCUGAGGAGGUUUCAUAUCUAUAGGUUUUUCUGUUCAGUGUUUUCAUCUGAUAUGUUUAUAUUAAGUCAUCUCUGUGGCGUCCUUUUUGAUCGGCAGAGUUGGACAAGAAGGAGGAGGAGAAAGAGGGAGAGGACAAGUCUCAGCCUCGCUCCAUACGGGAUCGCAGGCGGCCCCGCGAGAAGAGACGCUCCACUGGAGUCUCCUUCUGGACUCAAGAUGUAAGAGACUUUAAAACACUGAUUUUAUUUACACAAAAGUUCAAGGGUUUCCAAAGUGACUAAUAUCCUGAUUGUUUUAAGCGGAAACAUUAAAUUUCGACUGAGUGACUCGUCUAAAAGUAAGAAGGACACACGGAAAGUUGCUUGAACUGAGCAAAAUUGAAAAAAUCCAGUGAGCUUUAUUGACGUGUCUGUAAAGGGUUUCAAAAGUAAUAGCGAUACUAAACUUCAGAUGAACACAAACAUAAAAAAAAUUAAGGUCCUUACACACCGAGAACGACGCAAAUAUACAACGCGAAAUUACGAAAUAUUAGGAGGCGAAUUCUGACGCACCUGACUAUACACAUCAAACGCAAUGCGAUUUUGCGACUUUCCAGGGGGAAAAAAGACGCAUCCCGGGUGGAAGUGAGAAGACUGACACAACACCAGACUGACUGUUUUUCAGUUCUGAUUAGACACUGAGUUUGAGACUGUGAAAAUAUAUAUGGUAUGUUGUAUCUGGAAUCUUAAAUCUUAAAGCUAUAGUUUAAUAAAAUUGAAAGAAAAAUUUUACAAAUAAAAUUUUCAAAUUUUAUAAAAUUUUGUCCUUUUUCAAAAAGUGUCCAAUAAAUAGUGAUUUUUUUUCCCAAGACAUGAUGAAUCUGAAUGAAACAUAUGAGCACAUUUGUAACUAAGCCACCAGUUUUGAGUCCCUUUUAUGUUUUAUGACCACUUAAUUAAUUUUUAGUUAUUCUCUCACCAUGAGGUGCAGAAGAUUAUGCCUUCAUAACCCCCCUUGAUCAUGGGGCUGUUGAGCGCCCCAACGUCUGUGUAACCCUCUUCUCCUCUCCUUUAAUUCCAGGGUGAUGAAAAUGACCCUGACCAGCAGUCCGACUCAGAGGAGGGCAGCACUAAAGGAGACACACAGGUGAGCGCACAUACAAUUUCAGACAAAAAAGGAAGCAGAUGAAAGUGACUUUUUAAACAGGAGCCCCUCAGCUCAGUUUGAUUCUUACCCUCCUGCUUUUACUCUGCUCUCCUUUUAUGUCCAAGUCCAAGCCGGUCGGUCCAGCAGCAGCAGCCUUUGAUAUUCACAACUUUGCUCAGUCCAGUUAUGAUUUCCUCCCCUCCCACUUAUCUCCCCUCUGCACCCUCCACAGCUUCUGAAUUCAUAUUUUUCUCACCUCCCCUUCUUUGUGUUUCCAUCUUCUGGUGAUUGUCUGGUUGCUGUGGUGACCUUGCAGAUCAAAAGUAGUCCCAGACACAGAUUAGCGAGUUUUAUGGACAUGAAGGCGUGCGAAAGGAGGGAAGUCUGAGUCAUUCGGGUCUAUAAAUGAAAGUGGGAAGUUUAUGCGAUUUGAAAAAGUGAGAAAACACUUUUUCAGCUCUGUGUUGGAGUUUUUGUGCGGAAGAGUCCUAAAUAGACAAGAAUUUUAAAUUAGCAUAAAAGGAGAAGAUCAAACAAAGCUUUGAGUGCCUGAAGUACAAACUGCAAGGCACAGGGAGGCUUUUACAUCCAGUCAAAAGAUAAAAACCCUCAGCAGUAAAGGCAGUGUUAUUAAAAACUUCCUGUUUGAGUGGGAGUGUCUUCUGCCGAACGACAAAGAUCAAAAAGCACAAAUAACAUGAGAACAAUCAGCAGGAAGGACACACGCAGCUUUUCAGUCAUCAAGUACAGUCGGACGGUAUCAAGGGUGGAGCUGCAGCAGAGUACACAAUAGGAACAAGCAAUUAUUUCUGCUGUGGGAUAGAAAAACUAUGUGCAUGUCCUAUUUUUUAGCAUCAAAUCAAACUGAAAGAUGCAUUUUUGCAACAGUAAAUACUCAAAACAAACAUUUUAAUCAUUUGCAUCCAGACUCAAGCUGCAAAAACACACCAAAAAGCCGUCUGAGGCUACAGUUCUCUUGCUGUUUAUCUGAUCACUCGAGCUGUGCGUGGAUCAUUUUCCUGUAGGGAUUUAGGGCUCCUCGGCUCAGACUGCAGCAUUGUUUUUUUUUUCCACCGCCCUCAGGAAGCUUUCUGCAAUUUCAAAAUAGCUGGAAGCCCAAACCCUCCAACCCCUACCUCCGUAUCUGAUGCCUCAUUCUGCCCCUGUUCAAAAGGGCUCUGCACCAACACAGCAGGCCUGGAGGAGCUGUCUGACACAGCAGCUGUUCAGGAAUGAGUGUUUGUAUUUAGUAAGGAGUGUAGUGUAGGAGGCUGAUGAAUACAGAAAGGCUACAGAGUCUGGAAGUGGAGGUUUGAAAUGCUCAAGGUGUCUAAUUUGAUCCUUUUUUAGCUAUUCUUUAAACUGACAUUAACACUUUUUUUUUUGUUUUCUUACAGAGCGACAGAUUGUCCAGGUAUGUUUCAUCCUAUUUCUUCAUCACAUUUUUUUUGCUUUCAUUUCUACGCGAGACCUUCCCUUAUUGGAUCUUAAAUAAAACCUAAUGUCAUCUUUUCCAGCACUUCAACCAUAGAUCGUAACGACGCUCUCUCCAGUCGUGGCUACGGUGAGAGUCGAAGGACAUACUCGAGUCGACUGGAUAGAGAUGAUACCACUGACUAUAAGAAGGUUUGUACACCAUUAGAAAUGAUAAAUUCGAUCGAUUGAAGAAGAUGAAGUAGUGUUUAUAAAAAUUGCAGUGAUUCAUGGUAGCAUGUUUUUUUCACCCUUAUAACCUUUUCACCUGACAGAUUAAUUGUGCAUAAAGGAUGUAAAGGCGUGGCGCAUCAUUGAGAUAUUGUUGUUACACAGGUGUGCUCUUGGCUUGUUACCAUAAAGCCGCCAUAAAUAUGUAGAAAACACAAUGCCAAAGAUUACGUAGGUUUCAAGAGAGCAGCUGGCACUCCGACUACAGGAAAUGAAUAAUAGAGCUGGAACAAUAAAUCAGUUAUUAGUCAACUAUUAAACGAAGUGUCAGCAGUUUUGAUGAUUGAUUAAUAGACGUGAGUAUUGAGUGAAAAUGAAUUAAUACAUGGGAACCUUUUCAAGCAUUCGCAUCAUUGUCUGAGUGAAAAAACAACAGGACAGCUCCCACAAAGUGGAGCCAAAACAUUCUGCUGACUGGCUACAGGAAAAGUCAUAGAGCCCGCCCCCUCCAUGUAAACAGAUGGGAUAUGGGUCCAACUUCAAAAUCAAAAUUGAUGUUGAAAAUAUUUUUCUCUAUGUCCUACCAACAUCAAAAUCUUUUGGUAAUAACAGUUAAUAAUAACAAUAAUGAAAAUAAUAACUUUAUUUUUAUAGCACUUUUAAAAACAGGUGACAGGUAAAAGAUAAAAGAGUUGACUGGUGGUUUUUUUUCUCUCUUCCCGCAGCUCUACGAGCAGAUCUUAGCUGAGAACGAGAAGUUGAAGGCCCAGUUACGUGACACAGACCUGGAGCUGGCAGACUUGAAGCUACAACUAGAGAAGGCCACACAGGUACACACAAAUAACACACAGCUCCGGUACCAUAGCUCACUAUCGGUACCAUAAUGAGGGUCUGGAUUGGUCUAAUAAUUUUGAUAUGUUUGUCAUUGCAGAGGCAGGAACGCUAUGCUGACCGAUCACAGCUUGAGAUAGAGAAAAGGGUAUUUACACCACUUUUUUUUCCCGUUUUCAUUAACCCAGCUCUGACAUAACACAAGGUUACUUCAAAAUGUUUAACCUCUGUCUCUCUUAAGUUGAUCUGAAUGAAUAUAGAGCUGAGACGUCCACAUUCAGUUAUUUUGUAAGCCCGUCCUGCUCUAAACAUGUUGGUAACAUUCCCCAUGGGUUUAUGUCUGAAGGUGACAAGCAGGCCUCAGUAUCAUCUGGGUGGUGGUAUGAUCUAAACCUGAGUUUUUUUUAUAUCAGUCUACUCUCUGCUGCUUCCUGUCGUGUCACAUUCGCCCCUCAUAGCCGGGGUUAAAGGGGAUUUCUUCCCUCCUCGCCACCCAGAACACCGCCACCUUCUCUCUCACCUGUUUUUGAACCUCAGAGGCAACGUGUGGUCACCUCUUCUCAAGCUUAUUUUUUUUCUUGUAUUGUGUGUGUUUAGAAAAAAAAAAGUGUGUUUAUUUUCAUUAAUGCAGAAAGUAGAACAGUUGUACAUUUGCAGUUGGAAGAACUCAUGCAUGCGUGUGUGUGUGUGUGUAUGUGUGUGUGUGUGUGCUUUACCUGUAAUUACACUCACUCUUCACCUCUGCAGCCAUGAAACCAUAACCUCUCAAAUCUGUAACUCCAUCAGUUCAUGUUAAAAACCAUCCUCCAUGUGUCAUUUGUCUUCACAUCCUUCCAUGACACAAGAAUGUACUUUUUUUAUUUUAACAUAAAAAAGUCAUUCUGGACCCCUCUGUUCAUGAGCCAUCUCAUCAUCUUAACAUCCAACACAAACAUUAUUUUCAGCUUUAUUAAAGUUGAUGAAAUUCCUGCAGAUAUCCUCCACAGAAGUGGAUGUAGCCACUAUAAUGUCACCAUGUAGUCAUGGAGAUCCUGUUUAUUGAGCCAGUUGUGACCAUAUCAGGAUUAUAGCGAUUUGCCAUGGCUAGCUUUGUCAGUAGGGGUGGGGGAAAAAAUCGAUACAGCAUAGUAUCGCAAUAUUUUGUCUGACGAUAUAUUGUAUAGUCUCAUUUACCAAGUAUCAAUUUUUCAAACUAAUUGCUAGUAUGAAGUCAAAUCUCUGAUAAUGGAAAAAUAACAUCAACUGUUUGUCCAGUGAGGUUGGCAGAGGUGACAUCAUAGAGCAGGAGAAAGUUAGUGCAACAAAUAUAGCAGCACCUGGUGAAAGACAUUAGGAGUGCAAGCAGGGCAAAUGAGAUGGACAUGACACAUAAGGUUUGCAAGAUAUGCUACCUGUAAACAAAACACAGUGUAAAUAAGACAAACAUCAGGGAAAGACAAAUGGUAAAUUAGAGUUGAAAAAAAGGGUAUUAAUCGCAACAUACUGUGCCACAAUGCUAACUGUAUUGCAAAAUGUUAAAAAUUGCAAUUAUAUCGUAUAAUGACCCAAGUAUCGUGAUAAUAUCAUAUCAUGGCCCAAGUAUCGUGAUAAUAUCGUAUCGUGGCCAAAGUAAUGUGAUAAUAUCGUAUCAUGGCCCAAGUAUCACGAUAAUAUAGUAUCACGAUAAAAUCGUAUCAUGACCCAAGUAUCGCAAUAAUAUCAUAUCGUGGCCCAAGUAUCGCGAUAAUAUUGUAUCAUGACCCAAGUUUCAUGAUAAUAUUGUAUCGUGGCCCAAGUAUCGCAAUAAUAUCAUAUCGUGGCCCAAGUAUCGCGAUAAUAUUGUAUCAUGACCCAAGUUUCAUGAUAAUAUUGUAUCGUGGCCCAAGUAUCGUGAUAAUAUCAUAUCAUGGCCCAAGUAUCGCGAUUGUAUAGAUUCACGAUAAUAUCGUGUCAUGACCAAAGUAUCGUGAUAACAUAUCGUGGCCCAAGUAUCGCGAUAAUAUUGUAUCAUGACCCAAGUAUCGUAAUGAUAUUGUCUGUAUGUAUCAUGGCCCAAGUAUAGGUUUUGAUACAGUAUUUGGUAGCCAGAAGUGAUGGAGGGACUUUUUAAUACAUUGAUAAUGUGUAAGGCAGCCUAUAGUUCCAUUUUUUACAGAUAUUGAGAAAUGCAGCCAGUUAAAACACCAUAAUUGGCUGCACUUUUCAGACCUGUAGGCUACGUCCACUUCUCGAUAAGUCUUUUUUUUCUUUAAAUGAACAUGUAAAUUUGGACUGGCUGUUUGCUUGCAGACUCCUCACAAGUGUGUGUUUUAAAGUGCGUGUGCUGCCGCUACACCCUCACCACCUUCCACACCUCAUGCAGCGUGUGUAGAGCCUGUGUCAAAGUUUAUCUUUUUCUGCUGUUUGUGUCUGAAAAACGGCGUGCCCUGAGUUAACCCGCCUCUCCUCCCCUGCAGGAAAGAAGAGCUCUAGAAAGGAAGAUUUCUGAGAUGGAGGAGGAACUUAAGGUAACGACACACACACUCACACAUACAGUCAUUUGUCACAUCUGAUGUCGAAGAUUUCCAUUAAUGGAGUCAGGAUCACAGAGAGCGUGUAGGUGGUACUUGUUAACUCCAGUAGAGUGCUAACAGCUGUCACUUCAGUUAGUCAGAGUCUCCAUAUAUAUACAGAUCGAGGUCCUUUUUUUCCUUAAGGAAGUGAUUCUUCAUCUGAAAUACAAUCAAACUAUCAAAAUAAUAAUGAAUAACCUCAGUGUUUGAGUGACGUCGGCUCUUAAUCGGGGAAAAGAUUAGUAGUAACAAAAUCAGAUGCUUCUUAUUACAGGGUGACAGUAUUUAACUCCUUCAGUGACAUGAUUUAAUACUUUUAAUUUGCUUCAUCUCUAACAACUAGUUCUAAACAAAGGUCUUUACUUUAUGAUGAUGAAUGUGAUUGAAAUUAAAAAAAAUAAGUCUGUAAUUUUAAAACGAUUAAGAUAAGAGCAUGAUAACCAAAGGAUAAUUAUAUUUAUUGAAAAAAACAUAAGACAUGAAUAAUGGUGUCAAGAUGAAAGAUCAGAUUAACUACAAGAUAGACACUUCUCAAUUAAAAAAUUUAAUUUUCAGUGUAAUUUUUUUUUUUUUUUUUUUAAUUUUCACUUUAAAUCACAUCUUUUUGCUGGGAUACAUUGAUACAUAUAAUGUGGUAGGUAAAAAAAAAUUGACUCGUGAAAAAGUUGCAAAAUUUGGAUGAGUAAAUGCAGUAAAAACAUUCCUGUAAAUGUUUGUAAACAAAUCACAGUAAUUGUCUGAAUAUGGGACCAACAUAACCUGUGACAGGCUCUUCUUAACAGAGCUUAAAUUUAGAUUCACAAGUUUGUUUUUCUGAAAGUUUGUGUGAAAAUUUUUGGUGUUGUCAACAAAAAAUUUUCUCUGUCCAUCUAAUGAAAUGUGUCUCCUUACGUUUGUAUUAGCAUGUUUCUACAAACACUGUAUCAGAGCUUCAAAGUGUGUAGCUUCUGUUAGAUAUAUAGCGAUCAGUAGUCGGUUGCAGUCUACAGCCUCACCACUAGAGGCCACUGGAUCCUACACACAGCAGUAUUCACACACUGUACUGUCAGGCUGAUGAAUCAGAGAGAGGAAUGUUUUGGUGACGCAUGAUGUGAUGACACCUGUAAUUCUUGGCUGCUUUAGAGAUAAUUUGAUCUGUUUAUUGCAGCAAAUACGUCAGGGGAGAAUAACUGUGGCCGCACAACAAGUAUAAACCGGCCUAAUGCAAUACAACUAAGGCUGAUGAUGCUGACAUAUAGGAAAUCAAAAUAUCUACUUGAUCGCUCUUUAAAAAUGUCAUGUAAUAGUCCUGAAAAUGUCUCCUCAUUAAGAUAUGAUUCAGUAAUGUAAGCAGUAUUUUAUUCAGCCUUAUGGUGCCUUUCCUCUGUGUCCAUUUUCAGCUAAAUUUCUCAUUCAUGUUGCUCAUCGUAGGUCGUAAUCAAUGUUGACAUUCCAUCUGAGAGACGGCCAAUUAAAUGCUCCUCCUCUUAAAAAUCAGGGAGGAAAUAGAGUGAAAAACCCAUUAAAUUCUGGUAAAGCCGUGUUGUUUUCCUGGCUUUGAUAACAAAGUGUGUUUAUUUUUAGGUGCCAGACAGCUGGCCGAUCUUAUCAGUGUCACUUUUCCGUUUUAUCUACAAGCAUCACGCCGAGGCAGAAAAAAAAGAGAGCUCUUAAUCAUUCCUUCCAAAAAUCUGUCCCCAUUUUCUAACAAUCUUCCUUUUCUGUUUUCCCUUUUUUCCUCCUCUCUCCUGUUAAUUUACGCUCUCCUGUCUCUCAUUAAUCCUCCUCCUUACGCUCAUUUCCUCCUCCUCCUUCCAUUCUUUCACCCUCCACUUUUCUCCCCCUUUUCUUUGUCCCCUUUCCCGUGUUGUGGUUCUUGUCCCUCCCCUCCCCUCCCCUCCCCUCCCCUCCCUGCAGAACCUCCCCCAGGUAAAGCAGGUUCAGGCCCUGCGGCAGGUUAAAGAGCGGCUGCAGGCUGAGAACCGGGCGCUGUCCCGCGUCUUGGCAAAGCUGACGCAGUCCGCCUGCAGCCAGCUGCCGUCCGUCGACCUGUAAAGCCACGUCCGUCUGUCCACCACCACCAUCUCCUCCUCCUCUUCCUUCUCCUUCUUCUCCCUCUUCUUCUUCACCUCCCCCUCCUCCCAACUCUCAUUCUUCUCAUGCUCCAUUCGUGCUCUGCCCGCACCCAUAGACAGGCAGGUGUUCAGCCGCCCACUGGUUUUUGUCCACUCCCCUCUGCCUCCCCAGAGCUUUUGGUUUUCAGAUUGGGGAGGGUGUUUAUUUUUUCAGGACACUCUCCUUUUACAGUACAGACUUACAGACACACCUCCAAUCCCAGCGUCCUAAAAACGUCAAAUACGUUAAAAAUAAGUGGUAAAUAUUUCUGAGGUGAGGUUCUUCUAAGGUCAAAAGGCGUCUGAAUGUCCUUGAUUCCUCGCAGACACCUGAAGUACUGUAAAGGAAAGUGUCCUCUUUGUGGUUCCUAGUUGUGACGCUUCCUUCAGAAGGAGCUCAGUUUUUCCGUUUGGCUUGUUCUGGCUUAUUUGCAUGAAGUGGCUUCUUUAUUUGGCAUCAACUUUUUUGGUCCAAAUCCUCAGAGACUGAACCAUUUUCUUCCCCUUUCUUUCUUUUACUCCCCAAAUUUGAACUUGACUGAUGAUCAAUCAGUCAACCAAUAUCUAAGUCAUCUGCAUGCACCGACUGGUUGUAUGUGGAGAUGUAGCAUUGUGCCUGAUCAGUAUUUACGAAACAGAAAGUCAAUGUGCUCAAAAACACAAUGAAAUGUUUUUACUUUUAUAUUUUUUAUAGCUUUUACUAAUAAUAAUAUUCCACAUUUUUUUCAUGUGUGUAAAUCGUGAUUUUUUUCUUUUCCCUGAAAAGUCCUUACCCGUAGAUCUAAAGCCAUACAGAUACCCUACAAUGUGAUCUUUCCAAGUGGUUAUGCUUUUAUACAAGAUGUUAGAACCAUAAGUAUUUCAUAUUAUGGGGAAAUCAAGUUAAAAUCAGUGAUUUUUAAAAGAAAUGCACAAAAAAGGGGCGUUGAUCAGGUUGUCAGAGCAGAGCAGGCGCCAUGCAGAACGAGGAAAUGUGAUAUCGAUGACUGAUGUUUGCAGUUUCAGAAAAGAUGGUUUCAGAUUGUUGUAAUUUUCAUAGUCUUUUUUUUUUUAUUAACAAACAGCGCAUGACCACAAUAGUUAGACAAGCUGAUUCUGAAGUGUGUCUGUAUUUGUCAUUAAAAACUUUAAGAUGGGGAUGUGAUGGUACGCUGAACUCAUAAUACCAAACAAUACCAUAAGAUAUGGUAGGAUAGGAUGAGAUACAUUACAAUACAGUAGAACGUGAUACUUAAGGACAUGAUACAAUAAACUAGGAUAUGGUACAGUACAAUACAUUAUAGGGCCCAACUGGAACAUUUUCGAAGUGAAACUGAAUCUCUCCACAUUUUAUUUCUGAAAAUAUUGGCAAAAAUCUGCGAGUUUUGUCUGAUUACUGAUUAGUCUCAAACAGGCUAAAAUUGGCCGAUCGGCUCGCCAAUAAAUCAGUUGGGCCCUAAUACAUUAUGCUACAAUAGGAUUCAAUGAGAUACCUCAAAAUAUGAUAGGUAAGAUAUGAUGAGAUACAGUAGGAUACAAUACUGUGUAAUACAAUAAAUAAUUAUAUACAAUGAUACAUGAUAGUGUAUGACACAUAUGAUGCGUCACAGCAUGAUUGGAAACGAUAAAGUAUGAUUAGUUGUUUGAUAUGAUAUCGUACAAUAAAUAUGAUCAGAUCUGAUCUGAAUACGAUCAAUAACUAAUUCUGGAUUCUUUUCUAACUUUGUUAAGGUUGUCAUGUCAUUGUUGUAUCAUUGUGGUCACAUUGUUAUAGGAGCUAACUUGCUAAAAUGACAAGUGGUUCCACUUCAGCAGACCAUCCAGGUAUCGUCUAUGUGCGGGAAAACUCAUACUCACUUUUCUUCACAUGUGCUGAUUCCAACUGUCUCGUGACGUACCGUUACAUCCCCACAAUAGAUCAUCUACUUUUGUAUUUGAAAGUGUUUCACCAAAUGUAAUGAACAAGUAAAGAGAAUACAGGCUGUGUGGCAGACACAACGACAGCUGAAUUUUGUAAUAUUUCGGGGCUUAGACAGACGAGUGGGCAGGGAUGACUUAAAGUUCUGUUGUAAUAUAUUUCCACAGCUCAGUCUCUUGUUUAUUGUAGACGCAUGAAUCAUCGACUCAGGCUUGUCGUAAUGUAAAUAAAUACUUUGAGUUUGAACUUGCACACAGCUGGUGCAGCCGGCUGCAGCUGUUUCUGUGACAGCCCGGGAGCGUUGUGUCCUUAAAAACUGUCAAAGUUUUGACUCACCUCUGCUGAACCGAAAGACUGUAAAGGGUGAAUCUUUCAUAGGUAGUAGAACAAAUACUUAAAAAUGACUUUUCGGUCUCUGCUGUGCAUUUUUGGGCUGCCAGCGAGCAGCCAGUCAGACUCUGCAUGGCUUUCUCAGGAUCUUUGGCCUGUGGUGUGUCCGCUUUGUUUUCUCUCUCUCUCUCUCUCUCUUGGAAAAAAAAAAGGAUGUUUCAUUUUUUUAAAAAAGGACAAAAAACAAACAUGAGAGAUGCUGUGUGACACCAGGAUUGCUUUACACAGGGUGCAAUUAACACAUUUGUCAAACCGGUGUGCCUGGUUUUAAUAACGUACACAACGUUUGUCAUGACUUGUCUAAGCCUCCUCUCUCUCUCUGUUUCUCUCUCUCUCUCUCUCUUUCUCUCCUUCCAGACGCUCCCAGACUUGAAAGCCGACAACCAGAGACUAAAGGACGAGAACGGAGCGCUCAUUCGAGUCAUUAGCAAGCUUUCCAAGUAGAACACAUCCCCCCCUUUUACAGCCCAAACCCACCCUCACCCUCUCCUCUGCACCCACUCUAGUCCCCCCCAUGGCAGUGACUAAUGGAAUUGCACAUUUAGAUAUUAAUUGCAACAGACAUCAGAGACAAGACUCCUUCUUAUUCUUUCUCUCCUGCAAACUUUUGCUCCUUAUUUUCUUUUUUUUUUUUUUUUUUGCGGCAUCCCUCCAUCAAUCCAUCCAUCCAGCCACCCUCAUCUAUACUCCACUUGAAUGAGUCCCCGGUAGAACCACUGAGUUUACAGAGCAGGAAAAAGGAAAAAGGGGUCGUGUGUUGAGCAUGUAACCGCAUCGUUUGGGGCGAGAAAAAGCCUGAGAACUAUUUAACCAAUAAGCCUUAGUUGUACAUAAAGAGAAAAAAAACACUCUGCAUCGAUCUCUUCUCUUCUUUCUCGGCUAUCACUGAACGACAGAUAUUAUCCGACACCUGAUUUUAUUCGUGCCACAAUCCCUGUUGAUUUUUUUCUUCCCCUUCUUCGUGUGCUGUGCUGUUUCCUCCCUCCUUUAAAGUGCCACUUCUCCCUUUUUUUGCCCCCUUUGUGGCUCCCUAUUAUUUUUAUUACCCCUCUUUCUUUCUUUCUCUCUCUCACACACACACACACAUCCUCCUCCAUUUUUUUGUACCUCUGUGUGUCUUCCUCCAAGAGGGAAAAAAAUUAUGAAUUCUCGCUUUAGCGAAAAAAAAGAGGCGGACCUGGUGGAAUUUAAGCUUUCACUGUAUGUGCAAUAUGCAUUUUCUUUUCUUUUUUUUAAUGCUUUAAUGAUGAGUCCAUCACACGUAGGAUUUUUCACUCUUCCACCGCUUCCAUCGCUCACCUUCCUCCUCUUUUUUUUUUUUUUUUGUUUUGUUUUAAGUUUGUAGUGUAGUCAGUUUAUACUCUGUAUUUCUCACUUUGUUUUAGCAGGUACUGAGUGACGCUGUAUAUACCUGUAUGUAUUUGUUUGAGACCAGCACAUGGCAUGCGUUUAUGGUUCCCGUCUGUUACUAUUAAAAAGUAUACAAAUUCCAGAGGACAAAAAGGUGUGUUUUAAUUCUUAUUCUUUCUUUUUAUAGUCUAAAAACAUUGGAUACAGUACAGUAGAGCCUCUCUCUCACACAGGAAAGACGGCAGUGUUCAGUGCUUUUCUUUUUUUUCCAGUUUAAAAAUACGUGUUCACAUAAUUGUGAGAUUAAAACGAAAUAAUCGCUUCACUACAUUUCACUUUCAUUGUAUCCAGUAUCUUGGAAGAGUGCUGUUUAUUUUGUUUCCGAAUUUUUUAAAGCUGUAGUAUUCUAGCCGAGGUGUUGUCACUAAAAAGUAAAAAAAGAAUAUCUUAGGUAUCGCUAACUCAGUCCUUUUUACAAUGUCUACAUGCACUGUCGAUGCCAUGUGAGGAGUCUUGAUGUCAGGUUAUAACGCAAAAAUCGCCACCGUCAAAUAUUUCAUGCAUCUGAAAACAUUUUAUGCAUUUCAGUGGCCUUUUAAGGAUAUUUUAGUAAAGAAGUUUAACAAGAAAAGUCACUGCAGAUGGACUGACGACCAUCUUCUCUGGUUUAGACUUUUUGUUUUUGUUUUUUGUUUUUUCUUUAUUUUUUUUUCCCGUCAUCUUGUAAAAUAGGUGUGUGGCUUAAUACAUGCAAGCUGUGCUGUGACUACCAACCACUGAAGAGUUCAUUAAAAAUAAACUUGUACAUUGUAAAGUUCCCA